AUGCUAAAACCCGGUGACCCUAGCGGAUCUGCUUUCUUGAAAGUGGACCCGACGUACAUGCAACACUGGCAGCAGCUCUUCCCUCAAAGCCAGCUGAAGAAUGGAGGCAUUACGCAGCUGCAGCCGCCGGACAGGGUAGCUGUUCCGGUGGAAAGUCUCCGUCAGCGGCCGAACCUGAUCUCCUCCACAUCAUCAUCGUCGGCUUUAACACCUUCCUCCACAUCUUCAUCGACUCCAUCCGUUUCAUCAUUGGCAGGUUUAUCUCAACUAUCUGUGCCACAAAUUGCACUUUUUGGACAAACUCUCUGUUCCGACAUUGUCUCGUCAGACAACACCAACCUCCAAGCGAAAGAACUUUGUAUAUCCUCCAGCUUUAAGAAUGACAAAGGGUCCAGAUUUAAACUGACCUCCGAUGAGUUAGACUACUACCUCUACGGACAGCAGAGAAUGGAGAUUAUCCCAUUGAACAAUCACACCGGCGACCACAACAAUCGUAUGUAUGAAUCCCACACACAUACAGCAAUCUAUUCCAGUGGAAAUCUUGUUUUACAGCAGUUAAAAGGUUACCACAUGUUAGGCCUGUUAGAAAACGUGAUUUGGCUUAAUGCUCACAAUUGAACAAAUGAACUUCAAUCAUUUAAAUCUCGCUCCACCCCAUCACUCAAAAUCAGCCUUUAUGGGCUAGUAUAAACUAAACUAGAGCUAGACGAGGCUUUCUAUUGCCUUUUAAUCGAGGGUCCUCGAGCACACCAAACUUCUGUUUUGCCUCAUUAAAGUCAUGCUUCUCAGCACUGACCAUCAGCAGGUGCCCCGCGCUUGUGUGGGUAGCAUGGGUCAAUUAGGCGUAUGCAUGAUUCACUAACUCUGAUCGUCUAUAUUCACACUAAUUUAUGUAUAGGCUAUACCACUGAUGAGCAAAUAUUGUCUUUUGCAUGUGUUCAACUGCAGCACCACAACUUGCAAGGGCGACAAAUGUAAUAGCUAUAGCCCAUUUACAACCGUUGAUAUGGGCUUUAACAAUAGCCUACAUGGCCUUAUUGGCGUAUACUUUUUUAAUUUAUAGACAGUUAAAGGGAUUCCACAAAUAAUCCUCUUCUGAUAAAUAUGAUAAAUAAGAAAUAACACUGAGCUCGUCAUUGAUAUGCUAAUAUUAGGCCUUUAGGCUAAAAUGUUUGUAAUUAAUGUAAGCUUUUAUCAAUUUGUUUUCUUAUUAGUGCCUAAUAAAACAAUCCGUUUCUCUUUUCAUUUUGCUAAAAGAAACAACAUCACAUUAUUUAUAUGUAUUAUUAAAUAGAUUUUGAAAUCAGAUUUCAGUCUUCGUUCUUCAUCUGUCUUUAAUUUUGUUUUUCUGCUUGGAGAAUUUUAGCUUUGACAUUAUCGGCUGGAAAUAGACGUCGAGGACAACCCUCUCUAUAUUAAAGCGAAGUUUGAAAUGGUGGUGUUUAUUUAAGGUGAUAAAACGGCCCAUCAGCAGUAAUCUCCAUCGAUAUGUGCCACAAGGAGAUGAGGGAUGGGGGGACAAGCCACAAUUAAUUGCUGUAUAGUUUUGUAGAAGAGAGUGGACUGAGUGUGGAUCAGAGAUCGAUCUUUUCCAUCGGCCGCUAUUCAUCAUCCGAACAUGGUAUAUGGAAGUCUCCCGGGGACAGCGAGACUGCUUUAUCUACAUUCGGUAUUCUCUCCCCCAUAUUUCAAACCAAUGCAAUGUCGGUCAUUUAUAAAAUAGCUGAAGUGUGUAUUACACAAGGAAACAUACAAUUCCAUGUACGUUAUAAUGUGUGUAAGGCCCUACUUGAGUUUAGGCUAUGUGUAACCUGUUAAUAGGCUAAACUGUUUUUCUAGUUCAAAUCUUAGAAGCCCUAACAUAGGAUUUUUGGGGGUACUUGACACUUGAAGGCGAUUAUAUUAAUCCGUCUAAAAGGUGUUGGUUUGUCCUCAGGCCAUUUCUCCAAAUAUUUUGGGCAACGUGUUGAAAUUAAACUUUAGAAAAACUAUCUGAGAGUGCUCUUUUUUACUGCAUGACCAAUGAAGCGUGUUGCUGGUGUUGUUCGGGUAUUUGAAUGGCUGUAACAAAUGGGCAAGUAGCCUACAUUUUCAAAUUUGAUUAUUUAAAUGAUAUUCAUUACGCAUUACAUAGGGUACAAUCUGGGAGUAGCCUACGAUUCCAGUUUACUCCAUUCAUGUUUGUAAGACAGCCCCAAUUUCUCGCCAAAAUGAAUAGAUCAACAACAUGACAACAUCGGUGGGAUAUGUAUGGUCUUGACUUGAGUUGCACACCUAUUUCAGUUCCAAAAAGAAACCCCCCAGUGUCAUGACUCAUGCUGCUAUGACAGCACACUAUUCUUAAAUUGAUUUAGAUAAUGCUUUUUUAUUCAUUUAGUGACAGAAGCUGCAAUGUUUUUCCAUCCCUCUGUAAACCCAAUUAGGCCUAUAUUUAACAUAAUUAUGUUUGGUUAUGCAUAAACAUUAUUGUGGCCUUUAAAUGAGCAAUAUAAUCCCAUUAUAAUUUUAAAACAAAGCAGAAGAGUUGCAUGAAAAUGUUGUCAAAACAUUUUUGAAUGGAUGUCACAAAAUACUUAUGUUGAAUGAUUACUUAAAAAUGUGUGUACUUCCUCCCUUCCUCCUGACCAAUGACUGUCCUACCCAUAUAUAUAUAUAUAUAUAUAUAUAUAUAUAUAUAUAUAUAUAUAUAUAUAUAUAUAUAUAAAGUACAAUAAAAAAAUAUAUAUAUCAAAAACCAUAUUUAAAAAUGCAAAUAAGUUAUACUUCUUACACAUAUAUUUUUUCCCUGGUCAAUGUGUUAGUACAUGUUAUAGUAACCCAUGUGUACCAUGUGAGAUGAGUUGCUGGUAAACCCCCUUUACCUUCUGUGCCCUGCAGGUUGUGACAUGUGUGCAGAUAACCGUAACGGAGAGUGCCCCAUGCAUGGGCCCCUGCACUCGCUGCGGCGCUUGGUGGGGACAAGCAGUGCAGCGCCGGCCGUGCCGCCCCCAGAUGUCCCUGACUGGCUGCGGGACCUGCCCCGUGAGGUGUGCCUCUGCACCAGCACUGUGCCCGGCCUUGGCUACGGCAUCUGUGCCGCCCAGCGUAUCCCACAGGGCACCUGGAUCGGCCCCUUCGCGGGAGUCCCCCUCCUCCUGGAUAAGUUGCAGUCAGGAGGGGUGCGGAACACAAGGCACUUAUGGGAGGUAAGUUCAUGGUUCAUGAUGAUGAAAUUAAAAUUGUGCAACAUCACCCCAGGUACUGUAACAGGACAGAUGAGCUGGAUUGGGUUGUGAAGUUUUGGACACAUCCACUUGGUUCUGUCUUUAGAGUGUGGCCUCAUGAUAUUGUUACUAGAAAUGACCCUGAAGUGUUUCAGUAUAGGAAUAAUGUCAUGAUGUAAGUGCCGCAAACACUGAUUGAAAGGGAUUCAAUGUGUAUACAGUUCAAGGGAGAAUUCAAUGUCCUGUAUACUGUACUUAUGAAUACCUGCAUUACCAUUUGGCAGUAUACUAAUGAUUUGAAUCGGUUUUUGUGUGGCAAGUGAAAUGGAUAGAUAACUCCCAUGAGGUAGUGGUGAUAAAGGUCACAGUUUCCUCAGCUGACCAAUGAUCAUUCUCACCAGUUAACCACAUCACCGGAUAUUUGAGGCUGAAAAUUCAGAGCACAGGCGAAGGCCACGAUACAGUGUACCUGCCAAAAGAGGUGCCCUUUAAACUAACUGACACAAAUUAUUAUUUUCCCUAAAAUCCAACAUACAAAAAUUACAAAGAAAUGAAGUGUGAUGUUUUUGAAUGGCAUUCGGUUUGAAUGGUGUUCUAUCAGUUUGUCGCUUUAAUCAAUUGAUUUAUCACUGCCAAUUUUGACCACAUUAAAGGGUAUAUAUAUAUAUAUAUAUAUAUAUAUAUAUAUAUAUAUAUAUAUAUAUAUAGUGUAUAUCUGUGCAAAAAUAUGAUCUCAAGAUCUCAGGGUGUAUAAUUAAAGAACAUUGUGGUAUUUGGCCGUCAUGGCUCUUCACCCACAAACUGGCUGUUGUAAAAGGCCCCUGAGGCAGAAUAGAACACUAUUACUGCUUAUAUAUGUAUUGUGUGACAGAGCUUUAAAUACUGGCUCUGCCAGAGAGGACUGUAAAAAUUCCAAUAGAUUAAACAGAUCUGAGGUGGGUGGAGGGAAAACUCAGAAAGGGAAUCCAAUAUUCCAAUCCACCCUCGGCUGUGGGGCCUCUGUCUUCACGAAAUGCAGUAAGUGUUAAACUCUCCAAUCAUUAUUGCUAAAAAGGAAAACAGGCACCGAUGUUCUCUCCUCAAUAGCCGCCCUGUGUUGUCUACUCUGCACUUUUCAAGUGUCCUGCUAAGCCACUUGAUGCACAAUGUUCAAUAAGCAUAUUCUUCUCUGCAUUAAAAUGGGAUAGCAUGGAUUUUAUAACUAUUCUCUGGAAGACUGCAGCAAUUAUUUUGGGGAAGAUGGGAUUUAUCUUUUUUCUAGACCCAGACUUAGCCUACUCAUAAACUUAAAAUCAUUGUCGAUGGAGAAUCUCCAAUAAAAAUGUUUUUAGGUCUGGGAAUAGACUUCAUAUGGUUUCAGAAAAGCAGCCCUGUGAAUUCUGGAGGGUGAUGUCAUCAUGAGUUGGAAUAUGCCAGGAUUAAGGUCACUUAUGAACUCAUUAUUAUGUUGUAUCAUCUAUAGGUUCUCAAUAUGUUCAGGUUACCCUACACAGUCCCAGAUGAUUGAAAUACAACAUUUCGCCUGUUCAAUGAAUAGGGCCAUACAGAUCUAACAUAUUCUUAACUUUGCAGUCAGUUUUUGUUUAUAUUUGAAUGGAUGUCAUGUAAAAAAAAAAAAAAACAAUGAUUGAGAGGUAUGCAUAAUAACAACAACAACAUUGUCGCCACUGUUUAUUUGUUCGGUUCAGUGGGAAAUGUAGGCCUAACCUUGGCCAUAGAUUCUGUGGUUGACACAUAGUGAUUGUGGUUGUGCACCAUUCCUAUUAGAGACUCAGGAAUUGAGUGACCUAAUUUUACGGAACAGUAACUGAAGUUCCACACAGAGUGUCGGCAUUCGACUUUCCCACAGUGUUCCCACUGGACGUGUAGCAUGGUCUUGUGGUAAGACUGUCCACUCCGACGCUGGAAUGUCCAGGGUUCAAGAAGGUCCCAUGUGCUUGCCAUAGAACAUAAAGAAUGGCAUCUUAUAACAAGAUAAGAAUGAAGUGAUAUAACUUAUGCAACAACAACUACAUUAUAGCCAUACAUAAGCCAUCUCCUCAAAAGGAGAAAAUAAUGUGAAGAAUGUUGUGUAUGGAGAUUAAAAUGAAUCACUGUAGAUGUGAUUUAAUGUGGCAAACAUAUUACAACAAAUCUUAGAAGUUUUAUGUAUUCUCUAGUGGCAGCUGUACCAGAGUUAAGGUUCGUGCCGUAUGCUCACUUCACAGCUUGAAAUGUCGCCAAUGGCUCUGUUGAAUUACUAUAAAAAAAAAUAAAAAAAAUGUUAAUUGACAAGCAGGGCAGUCAUGUGUGUUGGCAACGUAGAGGACACGACAUCUAGUACCAGUAAGGACUUGUUAGUGAGGAAGCUGUACUGCUAAGCAGCACUGUGACGUUUGUUACAGUGGUGCCAUGCCCACAGUUGCGCUCACCUCAAUGGCUGGGGUCACUGUGGUGUGAGUUUAGAGGGGUGAGUAUAACAGAGUUAAGAUUGUGCCGUAAACUGACUCUACUGCUUGAAAGGUUGCCAAUGGUGCCUUUUCAGUGGUGCAACUGGUUAGUACGUUGUCAAGCAGGGUGUUCACGUGUGUUGGCCAGGCAGAGGACACGAGAUCAAGUACCGGUAAGGACUUGUGAACGAGGAAGCUGUACUGCUAAGUAGCACAGUGAUGUGGCCCAUGUCUGUGCCUUUGAGUUGCCUAUCUCCAUGAGACUCAGAUACAGUAGACUUAUAUGACAUCAUUCCUUGAAACUGCACCAGUGGGUGUUCUUCGGGAAUAAUAUGCUGCUUAGGCCACAGGCCAGGAAAAUUAUUUGUAUUUUGCAUGAGCCAGUGUGGAGGUGACAUGUUUAAAGUUGGUUCACUGACUCAGAAAGCUACAUAAUUUGUCAUUUAAGUUAUUUUAUGGUCCAUUUCCCCUCUGAUUCCUGGCCUCUGUUGUGUGAGAAAGCAUGUCUACACUCUGAGAAAGAAGGGUUCCAAAAGGGUUCUUUGGCUUACCCCAUAGGAGAACCCUUUUUGGUUCCAGUUAGAACCCUUUCUGGUUCCAGGUAGAACUCUUUUGGGUUUCAUGUAGAUCCCUCUGUGGAAAUGGUUCUACAUGAAACCCAAAAGAGUUCUACCUGGAACCAAAAGGGUUUUUACCUGGAACUAAAAAGGAUUCUUCAAAGGGUUCUCCUAUGGACACAGCCGAAGGACCCUUUUAGGUUCUAGAUAGCACAAUUUUUUCUAAGAGUGUAUGAACAAUUGUAUUAGAUGUAUCAGGGUCUAUUAUCUAAACAUUGACUUAUUGAAUGAUAAUUAUUAUGCCCUGAUUUAUUUUAUAGUUGUAAAAUGUGAGUGCUGAAACAGUUUCAAGUGAACAUUUAAAUGUUUUUAGUCUGUAUGUCAGCAGACAAUUCUUCUUGGUUGGGUUUUUAAAGGUCCAGUGUAGCUGUUUUUAUCUCAAUAUCAAAUCAUUUCUGGGUAACUAUUAAGUGCCAAAACUCCAUCCCACCAAAACAGUGUGAAAUUUCAUGUAGUCUUUUCAAACAGCUCUUACACUAAAAGGGCAUUAUCAUAAUUUUCACAAUUUUACAGUAUUAUUCCAACCUCAUAGUGUGGAAAUAUAUAUAAAACACAGGAAAAUCACGUUUUUGACUGCACUGGGCCUUUAAUGAUUUAUUAAGAUUAAGAUGAAAAUCACUUUAUCGCUCAAUUGCACACAAGAUCCAACUGAAAUGUAUGGUUUCCUAAUCCAAUAUUUAAAUACUUAUCUGUCACAUCAUACCAUACUGUAGCAGGUAGCUGACUUUGCUUCACUUUUACAGUGUAUGUAUCAGUAGAGGCUGGUGGGAGGAGCUAUAGAAGGACGGGCUCAUUGUAAUGGCUGGAAUGGAAUUAAUGGAACAGAGUUCUACCUGUCUUUGAUACUGUUCCAUUUAUUCCAUUCCAGCCUUUACAAUGAGCCCGUCCUCCUAUAGCUACUCCCACCAGCCUCCUCUGGUAUGUAUAUGAGAUAUACAGUGCUUUCGGAAAAUAUUCAGACCCAUUGACUUUUUCCACAUUUUGUUACGUUUACUGCCUUAUUCUAAAAGGGAUUAAAUAAAUAAAAAUCCUCAGCAAUCUACACACAAUACUCCAUAAUGACUAAGCAAAAAAAGGUUUUUAGAAACAGAAAUACCUUAUUUACAUAAGUAUUCAGACCCUUUGCUAUGAGACUCGAAAUUGAGCUCAGGUGCAUCCUGUUUCCAUUGAUCAUCCUUGAGAUGUUUCUACAACUUGAUUGGAGUCCACCUGUGGUAAAUUCAAUUGACUGGACAUGAUUUGGAAAGGCACACACCUGUCUAUAUAAGGUCCCACAGUUGACAGUGCAUGUCAGAGCAAAAACCAAGCCUUGAGGUCGAAGGAAUAGUCUGUAGAGCUCAGACAGUAUUGUGUCGAGGCACAGAUCUGGGGAAGGGUACAAAAAAAGAUCUGCAGCAUUGAAGGUCCCCAAGAACACAGUAGCCUCCAUCAUUCUUAAAUGGAAGAAGUUUGGAACCACAAAGUCUCUUCCUAGAGCUGGCCACCCGGCCAAACUGAGCAAUCGGGGGAGAAGGGCCUUGGUCAGGGAGGUGACGAGAACCCGAUGGUCACUCUGACAGAGCUCUAGAAUUCCUCUGUGGAGAUGGGAGAACCUUCCAGAAGGACAACCAUCUCUGCAGCACUCCACCAAUCAGGCCUUUAUGGUAGAGUAGCCAGACGGAAGCCACUCCUCAGUAAAAGGCACCUAAAGACUCUCAGACCAUGAAAAACAAGAUUCUCUGGUCUGAUGAAACCAAGAUUGAACUCUUUGGCCUGAAUGUCAAGCGUCAAGUCUGGUGGAAACCUGGCACAAUCCCUACGGUGAAGCAUGGUGGUGGCACAAUCAUGCUGUGGGGAUGUUUUUCAGCGGCAGGGACUGGGAGACUAGUCAGAAUCUAGGCAAAGAUGAACGGAGCAAAGUACAGAGAGAUCCUUAAUGAAAACCUGCUCCAGAGCACUCAGGACCUCAGACUGGGGUGAAGGUUCACCUUCCAACAGGACAACGACCCUAAGCACACAGCCAAGACAAUGCAAGAGUGACUUCGGGACAAGUCUCUGAAUGUCCUUGAGUGGCCCAGCCAGAGCCCGGACUUGAUCCCGAUCAAACAUCUCUGGAGAGACCUGAAAAUAGCUGUGCAGCAACGCUUCCAUCCAACCUGACAGAGCUUGAGAGGAUCAGCAGAGGGAAUGGGAGAAACUCCCCAAAUACAGGUGUGCCAAGCUUGUAGCGUCAUACCCAAGAAGACUCAAUGCUGUAAUCGCUGCCAAAGGUGCUUCAACAAAGUACUGAGUAAAGGGUCUGGAUACUUAUGUAAAUGUAAUAUUUCCGUUUUUUAUUUUUAAUAAAAUAGCAUAAAAUGUAUAAAAACUAGUUUUUGCUUUGUCAUUAUGAGGUAUUGUGUCUAGAUUGAUGGGGGGGGGGGGGGGGGGACGGGACUAUUUAAUCAAUUUUAGAAUAAGGCUGUAACGUAACGUAUUCAUACCCCUUGACUUUUUCCACAUUUUGUUGUGUUACAGCCUGAAUUUAGAAUUGAUUAAAUUUAGAUAUUUGUUUUGUUUCCAAUAAUAUCAAAGUGGAAUUAUGUAUGUAUUUUUUUGUUUUACAAAUGAAUUACUAAUGAACAGCUAAAAUGUAUUUUCAGUAAGUAUUCAGCCUGUUUGUUAUGGCAAGCCUAAAUUAAUUCAGGAGUAAAAAUGUGCUUAACAAGUCACAUAAUAAGAUCCAUGGACUCUGUGUGCAAUAAUAGUGUUUAAUAUGAUUUCUGAAUGACUACCUCAUCUCUGUACCCCACACAUGCAAUUAUAUGUAAGGUCCCUCAGUCGAGCAGUGAAUUUCAACCACAAAGAGCAGGGAGGUUUUCCAAUGCCUCGCAAAGAAGGGCACUUAUUGGUAGAUGGGUAAGGCGUACAUUACUGAUAAAUUAGAAUGAAUACGUGCAGUAGUUUGUUAUACUAUAGGUACUGAAUGUAUGGCAUUGUUGCAAUCUGUGUCUGUGUCCUCUGAUCACUUUCAGGGCAGUGAGCUGGAAUAACAAGUAGUGGAGAUUAAGAGAACUGAUAAAUGACUGAACUUACAUUGAUUUGCUGUAAAAGUGGACCAACAGUCAUUGAUUAAGCACCAGUUUUUCACUUAUUUUGGAAAAGGCCCAUGCUAGGUAGAUUAUGGAAGGUUUCGAGGAAAGGUAAGCAGAUCCACUGCACUCACCUUAAGUGGAGAGUAAACGUAACAUUUUAAAUUAUAAUCUAACAGUAUCACUGAGACUGCUUUUACUUAGCAGCCAGUGUGAAGCCCAGUAACAACUUAGGUUCACAUAGUAUUUGCCAUCACCAAGAGAGAGCAAUAACCAUGAAAAAAUCUGUUAAACCUAAUCACUGAUGGCCCUAUAUGAAACAUGAAAACUAACUAUCAUGUAAUGUUCAAAUUCAGUUUAUAUUCCACUGCACCUGCAAUCUCAACCAGGGGUUUGGUAAGGUGUUGGUAUUUUUGUUUUGUGACAUUUUAAAGCUGCCACGAUAUGUGUAUUGAUGCUCUUUUAUACUGUAGCUACCUACCUCUGCGGGAUCUAUUUGUGGCAUAUGUUAGUGUGAUAGUCACAUCGAAAAGUCCUUAACCCUAAUUCAACAGCCAUUUUCUCUGGGUGAGGGCAUGAUGACAGAUUUGAGUUGUCUCUGCCUUUAUACCUCUGCCAUUAAUUACAUUGAGUGAGCUUAAAGAGAUGUUCCAGAACUUUUGUAUACUGUUUUGCCAGUAGUUCUGAAAUUAGCCCUCACGAGCCAAAAGUGGUCCCAGAAAAUUGCGUCCUACGUCACAUAUGUGGAGAUAUAUGCACCACGCCAUUGCUCGCUCUCUCUCUCUGCUGUGUGUACAUGUGCAUGGAGUUUCCACUGAGCCGUUGGGCCUGCCCUGCAACCUCAUUGGAUAAUGCUGGGCAGGCCUGGGCCAGCCUUCUUCUUUCACUGUGCAACCUCAUUGGACCUGAUCACAUGAUUGUGCCUUCUCUGGAAAAAACAAAUGUCAUGCAUGUAGCUCUCUCAUGCACUCACUCACUCCCUCAAGCCAGCCAUAAAGGAAGGUUGCUCCAGCCAUAAUUGUGCUAAACAUGUAGCUAGGAUGCUAUUGAUACUUAUGAUGUCAUGCCCAAGAAGAGAAAACUAGAUCUAGAUAUCGAAUGGCAGGGCCGCUCAUGAAAGACAAAGGCAGAAAAAUUAUAGAUAUCGGAUGCUUUUCCGAGAUGGCCUCAAGGAAGAGAAACACUGUUGCCUCAUCCAGUGUUGGACAUCCAUAAAAGUAAUCUUCUGUCGAAAGGUAAGAGACUAAGCUUUAGCAUUUGAAACAAUGUUGAUAUUUUAUUCAGUGAGAAGCGUAUUUUGAGUGUUUGUGUAAAGAGGAACUGGUCUGUGUCUCCGUUAGCUAGGCUAGCCAACAGUCUGUCUGUGUCAUAGUAUGCUUUCAAAGGUAACGUAGCAAGCUAGCUAGCUAGCUGUCAUGGUAAAUGCAUAUUAGAGAACAUCAUACUGUCCGUCUAGCCAACUAAAACACAUUUGAAAACAUGAAAUCACUCUACUAAUGUAUGUUGUGUUUUUUUGUAGCUGCAUAUAAUCUCUCGUUGACUGGCUAUAAGGGUAGAAAUUGUUGUUGUUUGUAGCUACCAGUGUAUAGCUAGCAGGCUAAGUGGCUAGGCUAACUGCUAGUCUGUAACUAUAUGAAACAGUAGGUUUCGGUGCUAGCUAUAUUGUUAUUAUUAGGCUAUACCAUAGAGAAUGAUAGAGGCCUCUAGUGGCCAAAAGGCUGUUUUAGCAUGGGCAGCACCAUUGAGGGCUUCCACCACUUUAAUGCUAUCAACUUGGUGGGACUUCCAACUUCAUUGGCUGAUCCCUCCUGAUGACUCAUGUCCAACCAGGUCAUCAGGAGGAAUCAGCCAAUAGUGAAGAAGAAAAUGUACUACUUAAAAAGGGAGAUUGCCUCAAUGGUGCUGCCCUGUCAGAGACGCUAUAAUGGCACAGAUACAAAGAUGAGUCCUCUAUCUAUCUCUAUGGGCUAUACCUAGUACAGGAAGGGCUGAAAAGUCUAAAACCUUUUCACUCUCUGCAGCUCGAUUUCAUAUUUUGAUCUGCUGCCUAGUUGAAGCCAAGGCCCUGAUGCAGUGUCAGUGUGUUACUUUGACUUUUUAGUAUCCUUUGUAAGUAAUAUGAUCAUUUUCCAGACAAUAAUUCCUGAUAGAAGAACAAGGAAUAUCAGAGCUGGGUUCAGACAUGCCAGAUGAUCAAGCAUGCAAGAGGCCCUUGGCAUCAGGUAAGGUUUGAUUUGUACUAGCUGUCAUUUGUUGAUGGAAUGUUUCCCAUGUUAUGUGUGUCAUAUAUGGACUCUGAAGAAUUAGAUCGCUCCCGAGUGGCGCAGCGGUCUAAGGCACUGCACCUCAGUGCUUGAGGUGUCACUACAGACCCCCUGGUUCGAUUCCAGGCUGUAUUACAACCGGCCGUGAUUGGGCGGCGCACAAUUGGCCCAGCGUCGUCCCGGUUUGGCCGGUGUAGGCCGCCAUUGUAAAUAAGAAUUUGUUCUUAACUGACUUGCCUAGUUAAAUAAAGAUAAAACAUGUAAAGGCCUAGCUUCAUCAUGUUCUGGCCAUUUACCCUGUUGGGUUUUCUAUUUGAAGAAUGGGCAAGAUGAAUAUUGCUGAUGAGGAUGAUGGCAGUUUGAAUGAGGAUGAGAUCAACGACAUUCACAACAGCAUGUAAUUAUUACUGUGCGCUGUUCCCUGUAAUGUAGCUACAUUACAAAUGUUUUGUGUAAAACUAGAGUACUGUGAGAAGCAUCACAUAAGCAUGCAUGUAGGUCAUGUGAUGAAUUGGCAUCAACACUCUUAUGGUCUGUAAGGAAUAUGUCUCUCUGGAUUCUGCCCUGUGGAAUAACAAGUAGGUUGAUGGCUAGGAUGAUGGUUCCAGCAGUUUACAAACAAUAGGUCUGACCCAUCAGGGAGUUUACCUGUUAGGCCAAACAUGUUGUUUGUAAAUGGCUGGAACCAUCUCCCUAGACGGCCAUAUACCUGCCUGUUGUUCCAUACCGACAAUUUGCAGUUGUACACAUUACAAUACAGUGUAGCCUAUUGUCAGCUGAUGCAAAGCCUCUUUUAAAUAAUAGCUGUCUCUAAUUGAGGUUAUAUGAUGACUCAUCAUUGAUUCUAUAGAAGUGACAGCAGUGUAGCGUUUACUUGACUCAUCUAUGUUUUCAGCAUGGCAUGGGCUGAUGACAACUGUGAGGAGAACUCUGAGGAAAUUGAAGAUGAUGCUGAGAUUGUGAGCGGUUUUAAAGUGAUUGAUCAUAUCACACAAACGUCAAAUCCACUAACACACGCAUGGCCAAAUCUACUUUAGAGUUCACAUGAGCAAAGGACUAGGUUUGAGAACAGAACCAGAAUAUCUACAUGUUUACAUGUUGGUAAACCAGGUGCACAGCUUUAUGUUCAUGACUGACACUGUGUGCAAAUUCCCACUCUUAAUGUCAUAAAGUUUUGAAUAGCUCUGCAUGAAUUAAUUUAUUGUGUUUGACAUGUAACCCAUUUCUGUAUGCUAAAGUCAUUUUGUAUCUGCAGGAGAUGGACAUCAGCAGUCAUGACCCACCAGUCCCACAUCCACCACACCUUGACCUUCCUGUGCCCUUCCUUCCUGUGGCCUUCCUUCCUGUGGCCUUCCUUCCUGUGGCCUUCCUUUCUGUGGCCUCGGCAAUCCCCUUACCACACUCGAGAUGCAAUCAUGGAGCAAGAAGCAUAUUAUGUAAAACGAUGUAUAAAUGUAAAUACUAUUCACACAGACUGGAACUUUAUUUUUUUUAAACAACCAGUGGACUUCUGAACUUUACAAAUAACAAAUCAAUUCACACAUAAACAAAUGUCAACAUGGAUUUUCAUAAGACACCUAGACGUCUAUAAAGCUUUGGCUGCAGUAAGCUCUAAUAACCUUGUAAUGUCCCAUAUGAAAAUGAUUUAUACACAUUUAUAAAGGCCAAUCAUAUGAUUAUGGCCUACUUCCUAUAACACACAACACAUAUUAUUCUUAUACAAUUCCUGUGUUUCUCACAUAUGUGACAAUAUAUACUGCCAACAUGUAGUUCUGUAUUUUGUGUAUGAAUGUGGCCUACUUCAUCUAAGACAUAAAGUCCACUUAUGUUAGUUACAUGUUUCAGCAGUACCCAUAUAAGAAUACUUUUGAUUCAUAGAGACCCUUUCGAAUGUGCCAUACGUGGCACAGUUAUACAGGUGUAACAGAAUGGGCUAUUGUGCUAGAAAAUGUUUAAUAGGUUACUGGAAUUAUAUUGAGUAUUGUUUAUUCAUGCUAUCGAUUAUCCCUGUAUUAGAGUGGGAAAGAGAGCUAUGUUCAGAAGUUAUGCAUUUUUAUAAUAAAUGAGUCCUAUGAAAUAUCCAUUGACAUUUUGCAUGCUGAGCGCUAUUGCAAAUGCACCUCGUACUGUGUCAUCAUUUGCUCCCGCAUUCUCUCGGUCGUCGGCCCUAGAGCAUCUUUUCGCUGCUCGACUUCGACACUGGGCAGCUCGAGCCUGGCCCUGGGUGCACGCACCUUGCACAGCCUAUCCUCGUCCUCCUCUCAUCCGUGGACCAUGUCCUCUUCCUCGGCUAUUCUGAUGACGAGCAACACAUUGUAUAUGUUGAUUGUCAAUAUGGGAAGCUACAAAUAGACUUAUGAUUUUCAGAUUAAAUAUUUUAAAGGUAAGUAAUAAAAAGUAAUUACUGAAGUUAUGAACGGGUACUGCUAAUCCUGUAGCUUUAUCAGUAGAAUAUUUGCAUUAGCUACAUAUGCACGAUGUGGAGUAUUUUCCUUUCUCUUUCUUUUUCGAUUCUAGUUUGAUAAGCUAGCUAUAGCCAGAGCCAUGUAUUUUGUGUUUCUAAAUACAUGGCUCUAUAUAUGGCUCUGGCUAUAGCUAACAAGCUAGCCUAGCUCGACUAACAACCGGCGAUGUUGUCAUAAAAUACAUCAGUUCAUAAAUCAGUGUUCAUAAAAACACUAUGCAUAGCUUGUAUACCUUGCCUCUUCAGCUGACAUGUCGAAAAUAUGGUAUUUGUUUACACAAUUCAUGUGACAACUCUGUUAGCUAACUACUGUCGGUCUCUCGUCAAUGUGCAUCUUGCUAGCUGUCACUCAAAUGAUGAGGGGCUGAAGCUAAUUGGCUGGAACUAGCAUUGCUAGGGGGCUGGCCCACGUGGGCCAAGCUUGAAGUAUGUCACCAAAAUGUGCGUAGAUUCCCUGAAUAGGGAAAUAGUGCCACACAGCUUCCAGAAAACAGUCGCUUUCAAACACAUUGACACAUCCAGCCCAAAGCGGGAGGUUUAAAAAAUACGCCAAAGUUCCGGAACAUCUCUUUAAUCGUCUGUGUUACUACCACUGGCACAAUAAAUGGUUAUUUCAGUGUAUCAUCAUCCUUUGGUAAUAAUGCUAAAUGGUAAUUAUAGCUAAAUGGUAAUUAUGGCAAUUAUUGAAUGAGUGGUUUGGCCUUGAACUGCACACAAUCCAAUGAACUGAAAAUGAAAAUGAGCAUGAUCACUUUAGGUGUGUUUACACCAUUGAACCGAUACAGUGCGGCUCGACUAUCUCAUUUGAAGCAUCAAUCAUACGGAGCAUAACUGAUCCACGUAACCCAUUUACAUGCCAGCAUCGCUUGGGACAUGGCCGUUAAGUGUUUCUGCAGAUAAGAAACCAAAUUCCAUUAGCCAGGGUGUGUGUGCACAUGUGUGAGUGGUGGUGGUGGGUAAUCCUGCCUGCUUGGGGUCUGUGCUAUCCCUGAGUGGGCUGGGUGGGACUCUCCCCAGCUCCCAGCCCCCGUCUAAUGGCUUCGGCGGCUGAUUUACUUGCUGUAAUAAGGCCAGGAGGUCAAACGACUAUCAGGCAGCCUUUGGGGUUGCUCCUCUAGCAAGGCAUCGACACACAGCUGUUCCAGGACGAUUUACAGCCCGGACAGUGACAGGGCCCAAUCAGCGCGCCGUAAAUGUCGGCCCAGGGAGAUUGAGCAGUAACUAAAGCAGUGACAGGACACUGGGAGACAGAUCAAUGGCUGAGGGGCCACUGAGAACUAACUGUAAGCCACAGCACCUUCUUACCGGACUCAGGAAAAGUAAACAUGAGGACCAUAAAUGGGUGUUAUAUGUUCUUGGAUAUCUUACACGUUAUUGGAUAUCUGACUUCCUCUUCUGAACAUUUACUGUAUGUCAUUAUCCCCAUCCUCAACGCUCCAUCGUUAUCAUAUAUGGUACGUAUAUAGUACUACUAGAGUAUAGUACUUCUAGUUACAAAGAAAUCAUUAUUAUGUUUUCUUUUCUGCAAUUAAAAUCAGUUCUGUGUGGCGCCUGGAGAAUUUGACAUAGGACAUCGGUCUCCAUUUACUGACAGGGGUCAUUCCACGAAAUGAGUGCCUUUUGAUAUUUUAAGUAGAAAUUGUGCACCAAUAUUGAAUUGUAAAAGCCUGUUAUAUUAAAUGAAGUGCCCUUUAAUAUAGACCACAUGGAGAAUUCAAAACAUCAGAUUUGAAUAUGAAAAAUCGCUCGUUAAAGUGCCAUAAUUCUUCAUUUUGACAUAUCCCUCCGUCAACCCUGUGUCACUUCUAGGAAGAUUUUAACCCACUUAAUCCCUAAAUUUCUCCAAGUUUCACCAUCAAUGUAAAGCCCUAGUUAUUUUGUUGCUUUGACAAAGUCGUUUCUAAAGAUUAUUUUUAUUUCAUGUGAUUAGUGAUUAAUUUACAUCUGUCCCUAAUUUUAAGGUCAACCCUGUUACAUGAACUGAACUCUCGUUUUAAUAUGGUGAAACUAUUCCUUUUUAAAUAUUAUUUUCAAAAGAAACAUGUAUCUAAUAGUCAAAUCAUAGAGUAAAAGCAGGUGAGCUGGUUCUACAUGUCAAUCAUAGAUAGACAGGCUAGAAAUGUUUUAACAAUUACAUUUAUUUUGUUAAGCUUGUAUUCAAUUGCCACUCGCUGUUGCACACAACAACCUUCCAUCCCCCGUGUCACAAUUUAAGAAGAAAUUGUCAACCCUGUUACAGUCAACCUGUUAUUUUAUUUGGCACUUAAUAGGCACUUACUAUAGUCCUUUUUAGAUACCAUGCAGAUUUUUGAGUAGGCUAUUUACUUUAUAUUUCAGUUUUAUUGUAAUUAUGAUAUCGUUAUACCAACACAGGACAUAUUAUGGUAUUGACAUUUACAUUUACAUUUACGUCAUUUAGCAGACGCUCUUAUCCAUGGCAAGACAUGGCAGUUAUUGUCUGUCUCUUGAUCAUGGUGUAGCUAAAUUUCGUCCACUUGGCUUUGAAAUGAUUUGUUUGUUAACUAAACACAGUCGACAGAGGGGUGUGAAUAACAAAAGAACGAAAAGCUCUUCUGCUCCAUUUUACGGUUUAUCUUUAUUUCUCCUUUAUUUGCUCAACACAUCAGUAAAAUCCCAAUCCCACAACAACACAUACAAACAACUCCCUUUGCUUACAGGACAUUAGAAGUUAUUGUAAAGCGGCCAUUAAAAUGCUGUAUGCAGAGAUUUAUAAAUUAGGCAAUUUCCUUGAUUAUUGCAAUCAUUUACAAAAUUGAUUGCUCCAGUGAGCUAUAGACAGAUUUCAGCAAUGCUAUUGACAGGGUUCACCUCCGUAAUAAACAGGCCGCUCCUCAAUAAAGUGAGAUGUCACUACGCCAGGGCUUGUUUAGCAUGCAGAGAAAACACAAGGUCACGUAUGCAGGGAAAUGUAUAAUAAUGGAGGGGCUGAACUGUUGACAUUGAGAGCAUACAGAGGGUAAGUCAUAGGCUGUGGUGUUUAUUGGACAUGAUGGGGAGAAAUACAAUGGGGUGCGUGUGUGUGUGUGUGUGUGUGUGUGUGUGUGUGUGUGUGUGUUGUGCUGUCAGAUCCUGCAGGGAAAAAAAUACACAAAACGGGAGGGAAAACUGCUUGAGAUGCUAAAUGCUGUUUUCACUGAUGUCGAGUUUGCAGACACACACUUUGCCUUUGCUUUGCAUUUGUAACCCUCUGUGUAGAUUAGACUACAAUGAGGGCUAUCAAUCAGAGUGUGUUUUCUGGGCUGCCCUGUCGUAUAUGGGUCAUUCCACCAAUUCGGUGCCUUUUGAGAAGUGUGACUUGGUCAAAAACCGUAACAGGGUACCGAUUUCUUCUUAAACCAGUCAUCAAUCCUCUUGUGACAGGGGUAAUGGAAGCUUGUUGUGUGCAACAGGGAGUGGUAAUUUAAUACAAGCUUCAGAUGUUUUAUUUUUUUAAUGUUUAGCCUGUCUAUCUAUGGGUAACAGGGUUGACGUGUUAUGUUCGACCUGAACAGUUUUUCACCACAAAACACCAGAAAAUUGCCAAAAAGAGAAGAACCAGAUCACCUGCUAUUACUGUAUGAUUUGACUAUUAUACUGAACAAAAAUAUAAACGCAACAUGCAACAGAUUUUACUGAGUUACAGUUCAUAUAAGGAAAUCAGUCAAUUUAAAUAAAUAGAUUAAGCCCUAAUCUAUGGAUUUUAAGAUACCUUAAAUAAAAAGGUAGGGGCGUGGAUCAGAAAACCAGUCAGUAUCUGGUGUGACCAUCAUUUGCCUCAUGCAGCGCGACACAUCUCCUUCGCAUAAAGAUGAUCAGGCUGUUGAUUGUGGCCUGUGGAAUGUUGUCCCACUCCUCUUCAAUGGCUGUGCAAAGUUGCUGGAUAUUGGCGGGAACUGGAACACGCUGUCGUACACGUCGAUCCAGAGCAUCCCAAACAUGCUCAAUGGGUGUCAUGUCUGAUGAGUAUGCAGGCCAUGGAAGAACUGGGACAUUUUCAGCUUCCGGGAAUUGUGUAAAGAUCCUUGAAUCAUGGGGCUUUGCAUUAUCAUGCUGAAACAUGAGGUGAUGGCGGCGGAUGAAUGGCACGACAAUGGGCCUCAGGAUCUCAACACGGUAUCUCUGUGCAUUCAAAUUGCCAUCGAUAAAAUGCAAUUGUGUUCGUUGUCCGUAGCUUAUGCCUGCCCAUACCAUAACCCCAUUGCCACCAUGGGGCACUCUGUUCACAAUGUUGACAUCAGCAAACUGCUCGCCCACACAAUGCCAUACACAUGGUCUGUGGUUGUGAGGCCUGUUGGACAUACUGCCAAAUUCUCUAAAACGACGUUGGAGGCAGCUUAUGGUAGAUAAAUGAACAAUUCAUUAUCUGGCAACAGCUCUGGUGUUGUGUGACAAAACGGCACAUUUUGAAGUGGCCUUUUAUUGUCCCCAGCACAAGGUGCACCUGUGUAAUGAUCAUGCUGUUUAAUCAGCUUCUUGAUAUGCCACACCUGUCAGGUGGAUGGAUAAUCUUGGCAAAGGAGAAAUGCUCACUAACAUGCUCACUUUUUGUGCAUAUGGAACAUUUCUGUUAUCUUUUAUUUCAGCUCAUGAAACAUGGGACCAACACAUUUACAUUUUAGUCAUUUAGCAGACGCUCUUAUCCAGAGCGACUUACAGUUAGUGAGUGCAUACAUUAUAUAUAUAUAUAUUUUUUUUUCAUACUGGUCCCCCGUGGGAAUCGAACCCACAACCCUGGCGUUGCAAACGCCAUGCUCUACCAACUGAGCUACAUCCCAACACUUUACAUGUUGAGUUUAUAUUUUUGUUGUGUAGAUGAUGUUCAAUGUUUCUUUAGACAUUGUUUUUGGAAUAGUUUCACCAUAUUAAAAUGAGAGUGCAGUUCACAUAACAGGGUUGAUCUUAAAAUGAGGGACAGACGUAAAUGAAUCACUAAUCACAGGAAAUAAAACAUUAUCUUCAGAAAUGACUUUGUCAAAGCAACAAAUGAUGGUGAAAUUUGGGAUUUAAGUGGGUUAAAAUCUCUGUAGAAGUUACACAUGGUUGAUGGAGGGACAUGUAAAAAUUAGUAAUUUUGGCACUUUAGCAAAACUUCUUUCACAUUCAAAAUCAGAUGUAUUGAAUUUUCCAUGUGGUCUAUAUUAAAGGGCACUUCAUUUAAUAUAACAGGCUUUUAAAAUUCAAUAUUGGUGCACAAUUUCUACUGAAAAUAUCAAAGGGAUGCAAAAGGACACAUUUUGUGGAACGACCCAUAUUACUCUAUGUGGAGGUAAUUGGGACCUAAUACGUACUGUAGGGAUCAGUGGCUUCACAAAUGUGUUCCAAUGUACUUUAGAUAGAAGUUCAUAAAGCCUUCUUAAUGCAUGUUAUGCAUUUCCAACGUGUCGUACAUAAAUAUUGUGUUGUCAUGUGUUAUGUCAAAUCCAUUGUCACAUGAAGGCCAGAAAAAAAUAUCAUGCAUCAUUUUGGGACAACACUAUGCACAUGUUGUCAAUCAUUAUAUUUUCAUGCGACCUUAUGAUUUUUUUAGUCCAGGCACAAUAUGGAUAAUUUUUUGUGCUGACAGCACUCCAUGUGUUUGUUAUCAGCCUAAUAUAACACGUUGGAACAACAUGACCCGAGACUCAGCAGCGCUGAUAGCAGGAUGGAAUACAAAUGUAUCUAUCAUCUCAAAAGGAGUGAAAAACGAUUCCACUCCAAAAGAUAUUUGGAUACUGCAAAGCAAACACAAAAAAUGAUCAACAUAAAUAUCACAUCUGUAAACAUCACUUGCUGUUGUCCAGCUGGACAGAAUAAAAUGAGAAAAAAAUACCCAUAUAACAGUGAGAAUAUUUCUCAGUCAGAAAGACGGACGAGGACUUAUUUCUCCCUGGAUUUGGGAAGAGGAGCUUGUACUCAGCGGGAAAGCCUGGAAAAUCUCCAGCAUCAAAGGGGCUGGAUCAGACGAGUCAAACAGUGUGCUGCUCCACAGGCCAGGGAAAUGAAUGGCCUGUCAGGACUUUUUCAAGUGGACCCCCAAAAAAAAAAUGUUGGGGUGCAGUGAAGGGUUCAGUGGCUGCUGCUUGUGAUCACAGCACAGGCUCUGUUGAUGAGAGGCUGCUCUCCUCACUGCUUCAUCGGCCUGUGGGAUCUAUAAGCACUAUAGUACAGAUGCCAGGCUGGCUUCUCCAUCCAAAUAGGAUUUUUUAAAUGUCACUUUUUCAUCCUGCUUCUUUCCAAAUAACAAUAACCUGAUGUUGAAUGUCAGUACAUUCUGUUCCCAUUGCAAAAUACGAUUUUUUUGUAAAUCGGAGGUGAUUUUUCCCAAAUAUUCCCAACUCCAUGACUGCUGUAUGGCAGUGAUAUGACAUUGAUUCAGCAAUUUCUUUAUCCUUUAUUUUUGUAUUACGGGAAAUUACCAAAUGUAAGAUUCCACUUUCUAUUUCCCAUCACACCUUGUCUAUUAUUAAGUGCUCACCACUUAGUUUAAAUUGUGACUCAGUCCAGAUUUGAGGAUUUUUUUUUUUUUAAUGUCAGCUGUUGGAUAGAAAAAAGGAACUAAGUAAAUAAAUGUAUAAUUUAUACCAUUUUCUUAACAAUUUCUUAACCUCUCUCUACAGUGCACAAUCAUCUCUUGUUUCUUUGUCUCAAGAUGGACAUGAUCAUUUAGAUAAAGCAGCUGGAGGACCUGUCUUGUACUUGUGUAACAAAUAGCUCCAGUGUAAGUCAUGUCUUAAAGGGAAAGUUCACCCAAAUUAGAAAAUUACUAUUGGUUUCCUUGCCAUGUAAAGGUGUGACAGCAGUAUGAAAAAAAUAUUUAUGCACUCACUAACUGUAAGUCGCUCUGGAUAAGAGCAUCUGCUAAAUGACUAAAAUGUAAAUGUAAAUGUAAUCCAUUGCUUUGGUUUAUUUUCUCGAGCACUGUUUCCACAUGCUAACGUUUUAGCAUUUGUGGCACAAAUCUCAUUCAAGUCAAUGGACCGAUAUUAGCAUUUUUCACGCAUCAUGUUCAAAUGAUCUAUAAGUGACUUUGUUGAGGUUCACAAUCAAUUUGACAUACUUUCGGAUGAUUUUGACAUGUUGCGCAAAACAUGCUAAUAUAAAAUGCUAAAAUGUUAGCAUGUGGAAACAGUGCCAGGGAAACUAGAUUGCUUACAGGGUAAGGAAACCAAUAUGUAAUUUUGUAAUUUGGGUGAACUAUCCCUUCAAGUAUUCUAUCAUGCUGUCAAAGCCGGAGAUGGUUCACCAGAAAAGCCACAAGGAUAAGAAUGGAAAGGGAUAAGGAAGGGGAAUCACUGCCGACAAACUAGAUGUCAGAGAUUCAAUGGGGUCAGUGGGGUCUUGAAAUCUCAUCCAUUUAGCUGGUGGCCAGUGACAAGGCUCGAAUCCCCCUACUGCCUAGAUGCAAACUGAAUGAACUGCGACAGGGAUAAAGCUGUUUUAUACAUUUCUAAGAGUAGGACAUUGUACAUCACUAUUGUCCAUGAUUAUCCCUGACAAAAAUAUAUUACAAAAUAAAGAAUUAAAAUGUUUAAUUCAGAAAUUAUUAUAUUGCUUAGCUACGGUCCUUACAUCUUUUAUUUCUGUCUCUAUUUUUUCACUUCAAUGUACUUAUUAGUCAACCAGCUUUUCCGAUAUGUGCAGAUUUUUUGCCAUAAACAUGAUGAAAUGGCCAAAUAAAUAUAUAUUGUUUUCUCAUUGUGUGGCUAUUUCAGACUGGUUGGUUGAUAUACAGUGACUGAUAUUGGGGGCACAUAUGUUAACACAGCUUUAAGUGAAAGUGAGAGUGAGAAGCCCCGUUUAUACCUGGUGCUAACCUGCAUCCUUUGUCCUGAUCUUGUCCACAUUCUGAUUGUACCCACAUGUUCAGAUAUGCAUCUACACAUGGUAUUAAAAUGUGUCUCUUAUCUGUCCCCUGUGUCCACAUUGUGACCAGAUUUCCUGGUCCCCUCCCUGUAUGCAAAUGAUUUGACGGAUAUUCUUUAAAAAUAUUAUGUAUUUAUUUAAAGACACAUAUCGAUGUCAUAAGUCAAUGGUACCACCUGUCAAUUACUUUAGAAGUGAUCGUGAUGAUGAUUUAAAUUGUUUCACUGUCCAAAUGUUGUAUUAUUGUCACACACCGGAUAGGUGCAGUGAAAUGUUUAUAUUUGUAUUAUUACAGGCUCAGCCAUAGUAGUACAGCACAUCUGGAGCAAAUUAGGGUUAAGUGCCUUGCUCAAGGGCACACAGAACGAUUUUUCACUUUGUCGGCUUAGGUAUUCGAACGCUCUAAUCCACGUGUCAAACUCAUUCCCCGGAGGGCUGAGUCUGCGGGUUUUCGCUCCUCCCUUGGACUUGAUCGAUGAAUUAAGGUCACUGAUUAGUAAAGAACUGCCUCACCUGGUUAUCUUGGUCUUAAUUGAAAGGAAAAAACAAAAACCAGCAGACACUAGGCCCUCCAUGGAAUGAGUUUGACACCCCUGCUCUAACCACUAGACUACCUGCUGCCCUAUGUCUACACUUGUGAGAUAUCCAGACACAAUGCGUGCCUGACUACCUCCGGAGGUGGGCAGGAAGAUCACAAUCAGAUCAUUGUCUACACCUGUCUACAAAUGUGGGCACAAUCAGCACAAAGGACGCAUGUUAGAACCUGGUAUAAAUGGGGCUAGAGCGAGGAAGGAAAGGAAGCCACUAAAAUAUUUGAAACCAAAAUUGUAUGCCAUCCUUUUAAAGAUGGAAUCCGCAGUAGGUGGGAAAAGCGCCACUGUCCGCCCCAUGGCCGGUGUUAUUUUUUACAAAGCAGAGGUGGGGGUAAAACUAAUUUCAUUAUUUAUGCUGCUGUUCUAUCGCACGCGCAAUGAUGUCAGAGGGGAAAAAAACGGUUUGUUGUUUGCAGUAACUUUGUUUUAAUAUCGCAAACUGACAUGGCAGUUUCACCAUUAAAGAGUCCAUCUUUAACUCACAUCAUCAACUUUAGAUGCUGUUAACCUAGGGCAAAUCAUUUUCAUACUUAUACGAUACUCUAGGGCAGGGCUCUCCAACCCUGUUCCUGGAGAGCUACCCUCCUGUAGGUUUUUGCUUCAACCCCAGUUGUAACUAACCUGAUUCAGAUUAGAAUGAGUGUGUUAGGUUAGGGUUGGAGUGAAAAUCUAUAGGACGGUAGCUCUCCAGGAACAAGGUUGGAGAGCCCUGCUCUAGGGCGAAUCAUUUUCAUACUUAUACAAUGCUCUCACAUGUACACUGUUUACAUUUUACAACAACUUGUGGAGCUUGGCAGUCCAUCACAUUCCUAAUUCCUGUGUGCGUCAUUGUUGAAAGUUGUGUAGAUAACGAUUAAAGGGUGCUUUAAUGAAUCAUGUUUGUUGUGUAUCUUUAGGAAGACUAACUACAUAAACCCCCAUUGCUUUCCAGAUCUAUGACCAGGAAGGGACGUUACAGCACUUUAUUGACGGCAACGAGCCGAGCAAGUCGAGCUGGAUGAGAUACAUCCGCUGUGCACGACACUGUGGCGAGCAAAACAUGAUGGUGGUCCAGUACAGGUAAAGACUGCAUGGAAUGUGGGUGGGGAAGUACCAUGUUAGUUCCACCAGGAAUUGAAUUUGAAUUUAAUCAUUUAGAAUUUGGAUUAACAUUAAUAUUACUCCAUACCAUGUAGGCCCAACUGUGAGUAGAGCAUGUGAUCAACACAAUAUAUUCAGGCAUAAAGUAUAUUCACACUGCAAAUUUGACACUGUCAGCUGUAGUCUAUGCAGGCAUACCAUACAGAUGCCAUAUCUUAAUUUGAUCAUCAUGUUGCAGGAAUUUUCCUGCACAGCUGGGAAUUCAAGCUUGUAGUGUAUUUGAGGUUUAAAAAGGCUCCUAAAGUUUGUAAUUUCCACUUAAAAAUGUCAGACUUGAUUUGCCCUAACAAAAAAUUUAUCAACCCCUACAAACAUAAUUAUAAUUCACAUUUCCUGUUGGAUUAUUUUCCUGCUGUGAGAAACUGGGUCAAAUUAAGAUUCGGCAUCUGUAGAUAGUGUGCGUGUGUAUGUUAUGUAUGUAUGUAUGUAAUGUAUGUAUGUAUGUAUAUAUUUGUAUGUAUAUAUAUAUAUAAAUAUGUAUAUGUAUAUAUAUAUACAUUUCCGUACAUACAGUGGGGAAAAUAAGUAUUUAGUCAGCCACCAAUUGUGCAAGUUCUCCCACUUAAAAAGAUGAGAGAGGCCUGUAAUUUUCAUCAUAGGUACACGUCAACUAUGACAGACAAAUUGAGAAAAAAAAAUCCAGAAAAUCACAUUGUAGGAAUUUUAAUGAAUUUAUUUGCAAAUUCUGGUGGAAAAUAAGUAUUUGGUCACCUACAAACAAGCAAGAUAUCUGGCUCUCACAGACCUGUAACUUCUUCUUUAAGAGGCUCCUCUGUCCUCCACUCGUUACCUGUAUUAAUGGCACCUGUUUGAACUUGUUAUCAGUAUAAAAGACACCUGUCCACAACCUCAAACAGUCACACUCCAAACUCUAUGGCUACACUAUGGCCAAGACCAAAGAGCUGUCAAAGGACACCAGAAACAAAAUUGUAGACCUGCACCAGGCUGGGAAGACUGAAUCUGCAAUAGGUAAGCAGCUUGGUUUGAAGAAAUCAACUGUGGGAGCAAUUAUUAGGAAAUGGAAGACAUACAAGACCACUGAUAAUCUCCCUCGAUCUGGGGCUCCACGCAAGAUCUCACCCCGUGGGGUCAAAAUGAUCACAAGAACGGUGAGCAAAAAUCCCAGAACCACACGGGGGGACCUAGUGAAUGACCUGCAGAGAGCUGGGACCAAAGUAACAAAGCCUACCAUCAGUAACACACUACGCCGCCAGGGACUCAAAUCCUGCAGUGCCAGACGUGUCCCCCUGCUUAAGCCAGUACAUGUCCAGGCCCGUCUGAAGUUUGCUAGAGUGCAUUUGGAUGAUCCAGAAGAGGAUUGGGAGAAUGUCAUAUGGUCAGAUGAAACCAAAAUAUAACUUUUUGGUAAAAACUCAACUCGUCGUGUUUGGAGGACAAAGAACGCUGAUUUGCAUCCAAAGAACACCAUACCUACUGUGAAGUAUGGGUGUGGAAACAUUAUGCUUUGGGGCUGUUUUUCUGCAAAGGGACCAGGACGACUGAUCCGUGUAAAGGAAAGAAUGAAUGGGGCCAUGUAUCGUGAGAUUUUGAGUGAAAACCUCCUUCCAUCAGCAAGGGCAUUGAAGAUUAAAUGUGUCUGGGUCUUUCAGCAUGACAAUGAUCCCAAACACACCGCCGGGGCAACGAAGGAGUGGCUUCGUAAGAAGCAUUUCAAGGUCCUGGAGUGGCCUAGCCAGUCUCCAGAUCUCAACCCCAUAGAAAAUCUUUGGAGGGAGUUGAAAGUCUGUGUUGCCCAGCGACAGCCCCAAAACAUCACUGCUCUAGAGGAGAUCUGCAUGGAGGAAUGGGCCAAAAUACCAGCAACAGUGUGUGAAAACCUUGUGAAGACUUACAGAAAACGUUUGACCUGUGUCAUUGCCAACAAAGGGUAUAUAACAAAGUAUUGAGAAACUUUUGUUAUUGACCAAAUACUUAUUUUCCACCAUAAUUUGCAAAUAAAUUCAUUAAAAAUCCUACAAUGUGAUUUUCUGGAAUUUUUUUCCUCAUUUUGUCUGUCAUAGUUGACGUGUACCUAUGAUGAAAAUUACAGGCCUCUCUCAUCUUUUUAAGUGGGAGAACUUGCACAAUUGGUGGCUGACUAAAUACUUUUUCCCCCCACUGUAUAUGUAUAUAUGUAUGUAUGUAUGUAUGUAUGUAUGUAUGUAUAUAUGUAUGUAUAUAUAUGUAUAUUAAUGUAUAUGUGUGUAUAUAUAUAUACAGUGGGGAGAACAAGUAUUUGAUACACUGCCGAUUUUGCAGGUUUUCCUACUUACAAAGCAUGUAGAGGUCUGUAAUUUUUAUCAUAGCUACACUUAAACUGUGAGAGACGGAAUCUAAAACAAAAAUCUAGAGAAUCACAUUGUAUGAUUUUUAAGUAAUUAAUUUGCAUUUUAUUGCAUGACAUAAGUAUUUGAUCACCUACCAACCCGUAAGAAUUCCGGCUCUCACAGACCUGUUAGUUUUUCUUUAAGAAGCCCUCCUGUUCACCACUCAUUACCUGUAUUAACUGCACCUGUUUGAACUCAUUACCUGUAUAAAAGACACCUGUCCACACACUCAAUCAAACAGACUCCAACCUCUCCACAAUGGCCAAGACCAGAGAGCUGUGUAAGGACAUCAGGGAUAAAAUUGUAGACCUGCACAAGGCUGGGAUGGGCUACAGGACAAUAGGCAAGCAGCUUGGUGAGAAGGCAACAACUGGAAGAAAAUGGAAGAAGUUCAAGAUGACGGUCAAUCACCCUCGGUCUGGGGCUCCAUGCAAGAUCUCACCUCGUGUGGCAUCAGUGAUCAUGAGGAAGGUGAGGGAUCAGCCCAGAACUACACGGCAGGACCUGGUCAAUGACCUGAAGAGAGCUGGGACCACAGUCUCACAGAAAACCAUUAGUAACACACUACGCCGUCAUGGAUUAAAAUCCUGCAGUGCACGCAAGGUCCCCCUGCUCAAGCCAGCGCAUGUCCAGGCCCAUCUGAAGUUUGCCAAUUACCAUCUGGAUGAUCCAGAGGAGGAAUGGGAGAAGGUCAUGUGGUCUGAUGAGACAAAAAUAGAGCUUUUUGGUCUAAACUCCACUCGCCGUGUUUGGAGGAAGAAGAAGGAUGAGUACAAACCCAAGAACACCAUCCCAACCGUGAAGCAUGGAGGUUGAAACAUCAUUCUUUGGGGAUGCUUUUCUGCAAAGGGGACAGGACGACUGCACCGUAUUGAGGGGAGGAUGGAUGGGGCCAUGUAUCGCGAGAUCUUGGCCAACAACCUCCUUCCCUCAGUAAGAGCAUUGAAGAUGGGUUGUGGCUGGUUCUUCCAGCAUGACAACGACCCGAAACACACAGCCAGGGCAACUAAGGAGUGGCUCCGUAAGAAGCAUCUCAAGGUCCUGGAGUGGCCUAGCCAGUCUCCAGACCUGAACCCAAUAGAACAUCUUUGGAGGGAGCUGAAAGUCCGUAUUGCCCAGCAACAGCCCCGAAACCUGAAGGAUCUGGAGAAGGUCUGUAUGGAGGAGUGGGCCAAAAUCCCUGCUGCAGUGUGUGCAAACCUGGUCAAGACCUACAGGAAACGUUUGAUCUCUGUAAUUGCAAACAAAGGUUUCUGUACCAAAUAUUAAGUUCUGCUUUUCUGAUGUAUCAAAUACUUAUGUCAUGCAAUACAAUGCAAAUUCAUUACUUAAAAAUCAUACAAUGUGAUUUUCUGGAUUUUUGUUUUAGAUUCUGUCUCUCACAGUUGAAAUGUACCUAUGAUAGAAAGUACAGACCUCUACAUGCUUUGUAAGUAGGAAAACCUGCAAAAUCGGCAGUGUAUCAAAUACUUGUUCUCCCCACUGUAUAUAAUAUACACACAAAGUAGUCCAAGACCAUGAAGAGGAAUAACUUAAUACUGAUGAUCUGUGGACUAGAUCCAAUACUUUUGCUGUCUUGACCCAUGAUUGUACCAAACUAGGCCCAUAUCCAUAGAGCUUCUCAGAGUAGGAUUGCUGAUCUAGGAUCAGUUUUUCCUAUUAGAUCAUAAUAAAUAAGAUUCCAUGGACAGCAGGAACCUACUCGGAGAUGCUUUGUGAAUACAGGCCCUGGUCCAUAACUAUGAGAGAGCUAUGAUUAGUGAAAACCUUUGAGACUCAGUUCCACAUCAUCCUAUACGUGCACUCCUAAUGCAGACACUCCUGUUUCCCUCCUCUGAGCCGUGUGGGGAUGUCCUCCACAGGCAGUCAGCUGGUUUGAAUUCCUUAUGUUAUGAUUUGCAAUAUCUAAAUGGAAUUCUCUUCAAAGCAGCUCGUGAUUGAUUGACCCUGGGAUGGCUGUUUUGUUUUUGCUCUGACAAUAAUGUCCAUUGGCAUGUGCUUCACUUUGCCUGCACUGGGACGUCCCGCCGUUGUCUUUAUGAGUCAUCCAACCACAAUACUAAAUACAUGUCAGCAAGGGAAAUAUUAUCCAAAACUGAAAAUAUGCCUUUGAUGUGCUCCACUGAGCUGAGAUUUGCACAAGUUUUGAAAGUGACAGCAGGCUUGUAAGAAAUGGUAUACAUUUACACUCUUUCACCCGCCUCAAAGUGUGCAAGACCACCUAUCGCUUAGAAAACAGCCCUCUGUCAGCAGCCAACUGAGUCAUUUAGUCCCAGUACAUUUAUUUGUGUGCUCCAGUGUUUAUGUUAAGUGAGGCCAAACUGAGAGACAGAACGUUACAAGGGUAUAAAAUACAUGGCAUACUUGUGUUUUUCUCAGGUUAUAAGAUGUUUGAUUUAUGGGCUUGUCUUUGCUUCAUUUUUAUGUUGUGGUGGAAAGAAUUAAUACAAACUCACAGGCUUCAGCAGCUCGGCCAAGACCAAAGAACCAUUUUUGUUAAAUGUUUGUUUAUUUUUUAACUUUAUUAUUUGAAAUAUAUGGAUAUGUUAUCUGCUAGUGAAGCAAAUGCCUGGAAUGUCAGCAUGGGUGCACAUUUAAGAUAGAAGCCCCCCCCAAAAUUGUUCUAGCCGCUGAAAAUAAAAGAUAGAGGUUUAUAUUGAUCUCUGUAUUAUCACUGCCAGGGGAUGGUGGUUACUUAGUGGUGACAAAGUAAUGCAUAUCCCACUGCCAUGGAAAUGUACAGUAUAAUGCCUAUUCAUUUCGAGACUGAUUCAUUAAAUAAGCAUUGCGUCACAGCUGCCAUGUUUCUUCUUGUAGAACCUCAGCCUCACGCAUGCAGAGUUUUUCAACUCGCCAAAGAGGAAAUUAGAUGUGAUGCUUGGACGUGAUUAUAUAUUCUGUCAGACACAAAGCAAAAGGCAUACUGAGGGCCUCUAAUAAUUUUUGUUUGCAUUUACUGACGUACAUCGUUUGUACAUGAAAUUGUGUUGUGAGUAGUUCACACUGGGCACGCCACAUUUCAACGUCGAAAUUUGGGUAAUAUUUGGUUGAGACGUUGAUCAAUGAGAUUUCAACCUUUCUUCACCCACUCAAAAAGACAGAAGUUUGUUGAAUUCCCAAAGUGUUAUCACUAUGCUUUCAACCAUCUAAAAGCACAACCAACUUCUAAUGGAAAAACAAUGUCAGAUUUUUGGUUUAGGGCUCGAUUCAAUCCGUAUCGCCAAAGUUGAGCACUAUAGCACACGUGAAAUGUAAAGGUAAUUUUCGAUUGAGCCGACAUAUGCAGUGUUUACCGUGAAUGAAGUCCCUGUGAAUGCAGGAACAAGUUAAAGAAUGGGACUAAAUCAAAUCAAACUUUAAAAGUACUUGAAAUAAAGUUGGAUUUGAUUUAGUCCUAUUCUUUAACUUACAUUUUUGGUUAAGAUGGAGACAAUAGCUGUUGAUUUCGCAAAUGCUAUAUAGGCCUAUUAGAUUAUAUGACUUUUAAAGUAUGGUUACAUUUCAUUUGCUCUGUUAAAUCUCCUUUGGAAUUACUUUGAUAGCAACAGUGAAUCUAUUUAGUUUUUAAUUGGUACAUUGGUAGUAGUCAGUGACAAAUAUCAAAACUAAGCAGUCCAGGGCUUGGUUAAUACCAUGGAUGGGAGACCAAUGGAUAGCUGUAGAUAGAUCAGCUCUCCAGUAGGAGGUGCUGCCCAGCCUAUUGUUUUCUUCUGAUAGUGGCUAUAACAUUGAAAAUCUGACGUUGUUUCAAAGGUACAAAUUCAACAUAUAUUAUACAAGCUUUAUCAAUGUUGAAAAUUGGUUACCAUGAUGACAUAAUUCUGUGGUUGAAACUUCACGCUCAAAACAACACUUUCUUUCUAAUCCAAUGUAUUUUCCACGUAGAUUCCAUGUCACAAUACGUUGACAAAUUACGUUGAAACAACCAGUUUGUGCCCAGUGGGUAGAUUAAUUGACAGCACUGUUUUCUCUACCGUACAGAUCAUGUAUAUUCUACCGGGCAUGUAUGGACAUUCCAAGAGGAACAGAGCUCCUCGUCUGGUACAAUGACAGCUAUACCUCCUUCUUUGGCAUCCCUCUACAGUGCAUUGCACAGGAUGAAAACUGUAAGUCUCUCUCUGUCUGUCUCUCUCUCUCUGUCUGUCUCUGUCUGUCUGUCUCUCUCUCUGUCUGUCUCUUUCUCUCUCUGUCUGUCUGUCUCUCUCUCUCUGUCUGUCUCUCUCUCUCUCUCUCUCUGUCUCUCUCUGUCUGUCUCUCUCUCUCUCUGUCUGUCUCUCUCUCUCUCUGUCUGUCUCUCUCCUCUCUGUCUGUCUCUCUUCUCUCUCUGUCUGUCUCUGUCUGUCUCUCUCUCUCUCUCUUCCUGUCGUCUCUCUGCUUCUCUUCUCUCUCUCGUCUGUCUGUCUGUCUUCUGUCUGUCUCUCUCUCUCUGUCUCUCUCUCUCUCUGUCUGUCUCUCUCUGUCUGUCUCUCUGUCUGUCUGUCUCUAUCUGUCUGUCUCUCUCUGUCUGUCUCUCUCUCUGUCUGUCUGUCUCUCUCUCUGUCUGUCUCUUUCUCUCUCUGUCUGUCUGUCUCUCUCUCUGUCUCUGUCUCUCUCCUCUCCUGUUUCAUUCUUCUGUCCUUACUUCUACAGGACAUGGUAGCUCUAUUCUCUCUCUUCUUCUGUCUCUCGCUCUCCAUUGGGCUCUCAAGUCUUUCCACCAUUUAAUGUUACAUUCCUCUGUCCACAUUAACACACAUACUACAGUUACAUUACUCUGCUCUGGGCCAUUGGGUUGGCAAGCAGUUGUCCCCAUUUCAUCUUAACAUUCCAAAGGAAUAUGAUCCACAUACAGCCAUCAGCAUGUACUGAUUUAACAAGGGGUUAUUUCUAUCCAAAUAUAGUAUGACUCCUAUAAAGAUAUCUAGUAUUUCCAUGUAAGAAUACUAGAAUGAUCUAGUACAUAGCAUUGUCAUGAAUAGGACUUAAUGACAGACAUAACAUAUCUGGUGCCUAGCAUAACCCAACAAAACAUAUUUGCAGAAGGACUACUGUCCAAAAAGUAGUAGGUUAAUGAAAAUGCUAUAAUUUACUUUGGAUUUCAGUGUGUAAUUUUAUUAAAGACAAAAAGCAUUUGACUGGGCAUAGUUGCGCUAAGCCACAAAAACCUAUGCAAAUAUUGGACCCUUAAAUUUACUUAAGCCUGAUUUAUACAUCUGAACCAAACAAACCUUGCCAGUGCAAACAGGAGGAAAACAUCGUUUUUCAUAUUGUGGCAAAUUAAACCAAUGACUCAAUGUUGAUUUUCAACAGACAGUACCCGUUAGUUACGUAUAACUAUUUUCUAUUUUCUAAGCGGUUCUCUCAUUGAAGAGACAAUCGGUUAGGCUUAUUGAAACAAUAGUAUUUCUCUCCCCCAGACAUUUUUGAGGGACUGUCUGUUAACAGUCUUCGUAGGAGCGUUUGGGGAAAAGGAAUGACUAUUUUCUGUCUAAACCAGCAUUUUGCCCCAUACUGCUCUGUCUGGUUUCUUUGGAACUCACUGGCCACUGGAGGUCUUGGACAACCGACAGGGCCUGACAGUUCACUGUUUACAUGUUCAACAUUUUAUUACUUCAGUCUAGUUGGAGUCCUGUUUAGACAAGUGCCUUUUCAUAUAAACUGUUUUAAAAGUGUAUAGUAUAAUUUGAUAGAUGCAGUAUUGUAGCCUUAAAACGUGGCAAACAAUGGAGAGGUCGAGGAGGGAGAGUGCUGUGAACUUGCGAAUCAGCAUACCCUGCAUGAAUCAAUAUAUCCUAGUAUAGCUCUCUUAAAGGAGAAUCUACCCAUUACAGACACUGAAGCCUGGUUACACAGAAAUAGACCGCUUCCCCUAAUACAACCCACAUGAAGGAAUAGUGUGUGCAUGUGAUAGCAAAUGAAAGCUACUGGAUUGGUGAGGUUUAGUACUUUGCCCUAACUCAGAGACUUUAAAUUAGUCACCACCCUCCUCUACAACAUGCACAGCUUCAGAACCACCUCACAAUUGUUUUUCAUGUAUAUUUUCAUAAGUUAACAUCAAUCACACUUCCUUAGCCUGAUACUGAACAGCGUUCCGAGAUCUAACAUUAAAACGAUGCCCAGAAAUACAUAAUUGAAGUUUUAUUAUAUUAUAUCUUUAUUAAAUAAGAAAGGCCUAGCCCUACUCCCACAUGUAUCACGUUACGGUUGUGUAAAUCUGUGUUUAUGUACACAGCAUGUUGCAAUACAAAGAAUGUGGGAUGUGGUUUGUCCACCGAUGAGUUAUUAUGGCUCUGACUUCUUGAAUGCAGUCAGAGAUCAGUGUGUAGUGAUGAAGAAUCAUCAUAUGUUUCUUAUAACAACAAUGAAACGUUAUUUCAUCAAGCUGCUUAUGCUUGGGAUGCACAAAGACUGCAGCUUUUCUUUUCCGUGAUCCAGUAGCUGAGAGAGAAUAGAUCUCAUCUGUGUUGUUAUGUUUUGGUCAUGACUAGAACUCACCGACAUGGAAUGAAAAACAACAACAACCUAUGACAGUCGAACUCAGAGCCAAGAUAAAAUACGUUUGAAACAUUUGUGCGUUCCAAAUGGUACUCCAUUCCCUAUGUAGUGCAAUACUUUGUUCAGAGCCCUAUGGGCCCUGAUCAAAGUAGUUCACUAAAUAUAGGGAAUAGGGUGCCAUUUGGGAUGCAAACACUGUCCAUGUACACAAGUAGCGAUGGCUGAAAAACAUGCAUGAUCCUUAUCUUUGAAUGUUAUCUACAUUUAAAUUACAUUGACCAAUAUUUGCUUAUAAGGUUUGUGGCAAAAUGAGUUGAGCAUUUUCGAGAGGUGUAAUGCAUAUGUCAACUGCCAUUGGGAACUUAUGAAUGGAAUAAUUAUCUCCAUAUUAUUAGUCUAAGAUCAAUUUAGCCUGUCUGCAUUUAGCCGAAGUGAAAUGAAGAAAGAUUAAAUGUGGUAAUGAUGUCUGAUGACAGUAUUCUAUUAACUGUAGCUAGGGAAACAUGUACAGUGGGGAAAAAAAGUAUUUAGUCAGCCACCAAUUGUGCAAGUUCUCCCACUUAAAAAGAUGAGAGAGGCCUGUAAUUUUCAUCAUAGGUACACGUCAACUAUGACAGACAAAAUGAGAAAAAAAAAUCCAGAAAUUCACAUUGUAGGAUUUUUUAUGAAUUUAUUUGCUAAUUAUGGUGGAAAAUAAGUAUUUGGUCAAUAACAAAAGUUUCUCAAUACUUUGUUAUAUACCCUUUGUUGGCAAUGACACAGGUCAAACGUUUUCUGUAAGUCUUCACAAGGUUUUCACACACUGUUGCUGGUAUUUUGGCCCAUUCCUCCAUGCAGAUCUCCUCUAGAGCAGUGAUGUUUUGGGGCUGUCGCUGGGCAACACGGACUUUCAACUCCCGCCAAAGAUUUUCUAUGGCAUUGAGAUCUGGAGACUGGCUAGCCACUACAGGACCUUGAAAUGCUUCUUACGAAGCCACUCCUUCGUUGCCCGGGCGGUGUGUUUGGGAUCAUUGUCAUGCUGAAAGACCCAGCCACGUUUCAUCUUCAAUGCCCUUGCUGAUGGAAGGAGGUUUUCACUCAAAAUCUCACGAUACAUGGCCCCAUUCAUUCUUUCCUUUACACGGAUCAGUCGUCCUGGUCCCUUUGCAGAAAAACAGCCCCAAAGCAUGAUGUUUCCACCCCCAUGCUUCACAGUAGGUAUGGUGUUCUUUGGAUGCAACUCGGCAUUCUUUGUCCUCCAAACACGACGAGUUGAGUUUUUACCAAAAAGUUCUAUUUUGGUUUCAUCUGACCAUAUGACAUUCUCCCAAUCCUCUUCUGGAUCAUCCAAAUGCACUCUAGCAAACUUCAGACGGGGCCUGGACAUGUACUGGCUUAAGCAGGGGGUCACGUCUGGCACUGCAGGAUUUGAGUCCCUGGCGGCGUAGUGUGUUACUGAUGGUAGGCUUUGUUACUUUGGUCCCAGCUCUCUGCAGGUCAUUCACUAGGUCCCCCCGUGUGGUUCUGGGAUUUUUGCUCACUGUUCUUGUGAUCAUUUUGACCCCACGGGGUGAGAUCUUGCGUGGAGCCCCAGAUCGAGGGAGAUUAUCAGUGGUCUUGUAUGUCUUCCAUUUCCUAAUAAUUGCUCCCAAGAGUUGAUUUCUUCAAACCAAGCUGCUUACCUAUUGCAGAUUCAGUCUUCCCAGCCUGGUGCAGGUCUACAAUUUUGUUUCUGGUGUCCUUUGACAGCUCUUUGGUCUUGGCCAUAGUGGAGUUUGGAGUGUGACUGUUUGAGGUUGUGGACAGGUGUCUUUUAUACUGAUAACAAGUUCAAACAGGUGCCAUUAAUACAGGUAACGAGUGGAGGACAGAGGAGCCUCUUAAAGAAGAAGUUACAGGUCUGUGAGAGCCAGAAAUCUUGCUUGUUUGUAGGUGACCAAAUACUUAUUUUCCACCAUAAUUUGCAAAUAAAUUCAUUAAAAAUCCUACAAUGUGAUUUUCUGGAUUUUUUUUUCCUCAAUUUGUCUGUCAUAGUUGACGUGUACCUAUGAUGAAAAUUACAGGCCUCUCUCAUCUUUUUAAGUGGGAGAACUUGCACAAUUGGUGGCUGACUAAAUACUUUUUUUCCCCACUGUAUGUACGGAAAUGUAUUCAGUAUAAAAGUUUUGUGAUAAUACAAAUACUGUCAUCAGACAAAUACUGUCAUAAGCUUCAAAGCAUAAUAUUUUUCCAAUGUCUUUAUUUUCACUUUUAAAACUCUGACCUUGGGUGAGAAAUGUGAAUUAGGAGUGUUACACCAUUCCAGUUGUAUAAGGUUGCUAAGGGACAACAUCCUAUCGGUAUCCUCACAUCACAUGCUGAUAGUGGUUUACAUGACCAUAUGUUCCAUCUUUUCUAUUGUUGUUUUCCUCCUUUAGUGAAUGUACCAACCACAGUCAUGGAGGCCAUGAGCAGACAAGAGACCCUGCAGCCGCUCAGUAAAACGGGCAAAGGCUUCUCGGUGGCCCUGCUGCGCUCCAUGGUCUUCCCCCACUCGCCCUGCUCCAGAAGCUUCUCCCUGAUGGACAAGGGCGGCCACACGGACUCCGGCUUCAACCAGAUGAGCUCUAAGAACCAGCGAGUCCUAGCCAGCCCCACCUCCACCAGCCAGCUGAGCACCGAGUUCAGUGACUGGCACCUCUGGAAGUGCGGCCAGUGCUUUAAGACUUUCACGCAACGCAUCCUGCUCCAGAUGCACGUGUGCACACAGAACCCAGACAGGUAAGGUAACAGCCAUCGAGUCAUCUCAUAAUAUGCAUCAUCAUACUGCAUGAUAUAUCCUAGUAGUCCCAGACUCUUAUAGCCAUUUAGGCAUUCUUCUUGCUUUGUCAAUUUUUCAUUUCAGAAUGUUCUGUUUCCAUUGGGUUCAUUGGGGAAAUACAAAACACUGUUGCUAUGCUAUUGUAUAUAGUGUAGUGGUGAACGGGGUUGGUUGUCACACUUUUUACUCGUGUGUAUUUCUCAGCACCAGUAUAUCGUACAAGACUCUUUUCUAUAUGAGGAGAAAGACCAAAGUCUUGGGUUGAAAUGGGGACCCUUUUUAUCCUCACAUCUUAUUCCAACAUGGCGUUAUAAGCCAUCAAACACACUGUCCACUUGUGACAACCAGCCCCAUCGUGGGGUUGGUUGUCACACAGUAUGGGGUUGGUUGUCACAAUGUUUGCUAGUAGCUUCUUCCUUUUGUAGCAUAAUAUAGCAUACAGUCUUAGAAAUAGCCUUUCUUUGAUCAAAUUAUAUUUCUAACACAAUUUAGCAUUUUAUGCCUUGAUAAUAACAUGUCAUUUUGAGUACAUGUCUGUGUGUAUGUGUGUGUUUGCACAUGUAUGUGUUGGGGUGUGACAGACAAUAUGUGUGUAAGAGUGAGGCAACGAAGGGAGCUCUUUAUAGCACAAGCACAAAAGAGCUUGGGAUUUUUACUGGAUACUGGCUGUGACACUGUCCCCGAACAAUAUGGUUACAAUGAGUUGGAUUGUGACAAGGACAUUUCCAUGUAAAAGGCCCCAUGAGCACUAACAUAGGAGCACAUCAAAUUCCAUGUCAAAUGAAAGCUAAUAAAUAGUCUGGGCUAUAUUUUUGAGAAAUUAAGGCAUAUAUACUUUUUCCAACAAUUUUCCAUCCCAAAAAAUGUGGAAUAAGCAGGCUUUGUACUGUACUGAACUCUACUCUGCUGUGAUGACCAAACCUGUGAAACAGGCAUAUAUGAUUGGUACAGAUUUGGUCCGGACCCCCUCCCAAUGCUAACUAAGAUGGUGGUUACCACAUGGCUUGACCUAGGUAACAGACAAUUGUUCAUGGAUAUUCCCAAAAUUAAAAAAUUUACAAAGUACCAAUAUAUAUAUAUAUAACUUUCACCUAUGAAAAACUCAAAUUCCCCUCACCUCAAUGUUGUCAUGCUGACAUGAAUUGACCAGGUGGUUGAUUUCUUUCAAAGAAUUCACACAUUUUAACCUUUUCAAUUAUUACACAGAGCCAUUUAGAUUGGGAGUAAUUAGCACUGUGACAACCAACCCCCGAGUGUCCCCUGUACUGUAUCAGAAACAAUUCAUUGUCCCUAUCAGUAAUUUGCAUGCCUAUACAUGUGGUCUUUCUCUGUCACAGUGGUUUCAGGGUUCAAAUCCAGUGUGUAACAUCUCCCAACUUAAUUAAAUACAGUGGGGGGGAUGUAUUGGACAUUUUUGCUUAGCACAAUUUUUCUUCAGAGCAUACAAACCUAUAAAUCAGUUGCAGCUGUCACAAAGAAAUACCUACCCUAACUGUGAUGCGGAGGAAAACAGAUGCCACUUAUUCAAUAAACUAAUAUUCAUACAGAAGAAAAAUGUUGCCUGGAUACCUAGGAGUUGAAGUCAAUAUGAGCGUUUGUCAAUACUCAACUUUAUGACCCUGGGGUGCAGAUAAAAUUUAGCUGAACAAGGGAAUCUGGAUCUGUUGAUAUUUGGAUGCACAGCCUUUGCACCUAGUAAAUUACCCAAUGCAUCUGUUUAAAAUGUUCUCGGCUGUGGUUUAUGGGUUUUGGCUUAUACAUAUUUAUUGAUGUUUAGUUUAUAUGUACAUUUGGGGCAAAGAUUAAUUGCUGUAGUAUAUCAGCACUAGAAAAAUCAUUUUGCUGAUCUAUUUUGCUGACUGUUUUGCUGAGAUCCUACAAAGGAGUGUCCGAUAAGUUUUUCGUCUUUUUUCAGUCACUUGGAAUGUAUCCGUCAAUUUUAGAGAAAUACAGUAUCUUUAUGAUAAUAUAGUAGAUCAAGGAAUAAUGUGUUUCCGUUUACUUUGCUACUUAUCCUUUCACUUAGUAUUCAGCCUUCAGUAUGUAUCGAUACUAUUUAUUAAUAUUUAAUAUCUACUAACAGAACAAUACUGUACAGUAUUACUUUAAGACAUGAAGCAUUUGAGGACAGUCUUUCACUUACCCAAAUGAGGUGUGCAGUAACUAUGAGCAUUAAUUUUAUGUUUGUUCUUCUGCAUUUCCAAUGAACGAUAGGGUGGUUACUGCUCAGGCUUUGUUUUUUCUGUUCUUAGGGCGAAAAGGCCAGGGAUCGCCCUACUGAGAGUUUCAAAUGGGAAAGAAGUGGUGGUCUGUAGCACAGAAGGGCCUCUACCUCAGUAAAUAACGUUUCAAUACUCUAAUCAGCAAUGAAAACUUGAUAUUCUAGUGUGGUUCUGUGUUGCUCAGUUGGUAGGGCAUUGAGCUAGCAAUGCCUAGAUCGUGGGUUCGAUUCCUGCUGAGCCACCCAUAUAAAAAUGUAUUAAUUCACUGUUGUAAGUCACUUUGGAGAAAAGUGUCUGCUAAAUGGCUGACUUUGUUGAUACAGAGGAUUAUUCUGUUAUUUUGUUGAUAACUCUUGAGUCUAAAAUGCGCUACUGGUUUGAGGUCUAAGGAUUGCUAUGGAAAAUCAAGAGCAUUGAUAUAUACAGUAUGUUGGGCGGUGUAGAUAGUGGAUGCGGCCCAAAUGGGACCGUUCUGAGCUCUGGUCAAAAGUAGUGCACUGUACUGUAUAGGGAAUAGGGUGCCAUUUGUGAAGCACCUUAGUUGUAGAUUUAGAUCAUGCUGAGACGUCUAUCAAACUUUAGCCCCACUAGCUGGGAGAUUGUAAGAUAAUGUUAUAUUUAUUUAUGCAUAAAUGUAACAUCUCCUGAAUUGUAAAACAAGGGAUAGUCACACAAUUACUCAAAAGCAAAAUAACUUUAAAUAGCGUCUUUAUACAGGUUACACAGAAAAAAUCGGACCUCUCAAAAAUUAAAAUGAAUGGCCCUCCCUUCAGCAAAAUAUAUUUUACCUAAACCAUCCCUGAACGCUUGAAAAAAAAAAAAAGUGCCCCUCCCCUAUACCCCAAAUAAUAAUUACAACAAAGUGGAUAGCAGAGAAUAUGUUUACUGUUUACCCUCACUUCUUAGACAGACCAGAGCCUUAGAUAUGCAGUUUUAAAGCUCUUCUUCGUCCUGUAAGCAUUACAGGGCAACGCAGGAAUUUUGAUAGCGCACAGGGCUGCGGGCCAGAAGGUUGUGGGUUAGCAGACAAGCGUGGACAAGAGUAAAGGUGGAAAGAUCUCCUUUAAGCAUUACAUGAAUCGAUCAUUGUAUUUGCAGGUCCGAGAAAACAUUUCCUUUUAUAAACAGGUCAUGCAAUUCUAUUUCACAUAUUUGCAUAAUAUUUUUGAAUACCACACAAAUUACCGAAAUUACAGGCUAAGAAUGGACAGAGAUAGGCCUAUGUGUUUAUCUUGUAUUUCUCCAGUGCCAAAUCAGUGUGACUUGUUUGCAACGAAACUGUCCCUGUUUACAAAUAAUUACAUCUGAGAUGUCAUUAAGAAUCUGAGCAUGGUACUUUCAAAAGUUAGGCCUACCUUUCCACUCCAGACAGAGUAGGCCUACCGACGCAGAAAAAUGUAAGCUUUAACUGCUGGCUACUCCUCUUCUGUGGCUUAACCCAACGAGAGAAGGUCACAAGUGUUUCCCUAAAAGCUGUCUGGGUUUAAACAUCUCUGGUGACAUAAAUACAUUAAUUUAUUGUCUCGUUCAGUGGUUGUAGCUCAGCCUCUGAAUGUAAAAUAAAUUAAACAAUGAUAUCCCCAUAUGCAUCGGAGUCACGUCUUUCACGGGUAUUUUACAGAUUGUUUCUAGCAUGAAGCAUUGCGGACCAAAGCGCUGUUAUAGAUAACUUUAUAUAAUCAGAUCGGUUUUAUUUUCUUCAAUCUUAAGCUAACAAGGGGUAGGCCUGUGCUUUUUGCCAUUUUAUUUAAUAAAAGGUAGGCCUAUGGCAUACCCUCUCAUACCCCCUCAAUUUGAGUCUUGGUUUUAACUUAACAGCCCUUCACUGACACAGAGGUAGGCUAUUUAAAGAAUGCAUGGUGGGUGGAGGAAUUGACUGACAAAUCUAUGGAUAUAGCAGCCCAUAGCCUAAUUUUGUCUUUCAAACAGGUAGGCCUAACUCUUAUUUCUUAAAUAGGAAGAAAUAGGCUCUAACACAAAGCCCUCUUGUUGUUAGUAAAGUCUAAUUAAAAUGAAGAUGGUUGAAAUGAAUUAUGAUUACUCAAAUUUGCCUACUUUCAGCACCAUGAGCUGUCCAUUUCCGAUUGAUUGUGCCGCGGCUGCUGCUUCAAGUUUCAGCACCACAAUGUAAGUUACUCGAAUCUGGCUUAUUGUGAGGUCAAUAACUCAGAUAAAUAGGCCUACAUCAUGGGCAAACAUUUCUAAUCAAAUAGAUUAUAGUAGUAGCAAGCUAUCAAAGUUGACCUCCGGUCCUCCUCAUCUUCGCGCUCUCCUUCUCAAACUGAACAGAACAUAGGCUAUAGGCUAGUCUGCACUUCCUAGCCUAUAUGCUAUGGAUCAUUUCAUUGAGACCACACUAAAUAGCCUAUAGGCGUACUUGAUAUUGCGCACCCAGAGGAGAAUCAGAAAUGAGGGGCGGUAUCGGGCACACAUCGAUUUAUAGCCUAAUAUGCAACUAAUUCUAAAACAUUGAGAAAUGUAGACAUUUUAUCAAUUACAUGACCCUCCCCUGGACUAGAUGAUAAAAUAAAAGACUAAACCCUCCCCUUGACUGAAAUUGAAAAAGCAUGACCCUCCCCCAUUUUCCUCCAGGUACCCAUUAUGUAAAUGUCGAUCCUAAAGGGAGACCGGGGUUGGUUGUCACAGUGCUUAUUACUCCCCAGUGCUUAUUCAUCUAAAUGGCGCUGUGUAAUAAUUUUAAGGUUAACGUGUGAAUUCUUUGAAAAAACUCAUCCACCUGGUUUAUUCGUGUCAGUAUGACAAGACGUUCAGGUGAGGGGAAUUUGUGUUUUUCAUAGGUGAAAGCAAAAAUAAAAUAUUGGUAUUUUCUUUGUAAAUGUUUGAAUUUUGGGAGUGUCCAUGAACAAUUACAUUUGUUGAAAAGAGGAAAGGGAGAGCUAUAUUUCAACCUUUUUCUGAGUUCCUAGGUGAAGCCAUGUGGUAACUAGCAUCUUAAUUAGCAUGGUCGGGGAUGGUUGUCACAUGGAAUGUGGGGUUGGUUGUCACAAUAAACUCCAUUAUAAAAAUGUUUGGGGUUGGUUGUAGGCAAUUCCAUUGUAACAGAAUGAUGGUAACAGAAUGACAUCAUGGGUCCCUGAUCUGUACUAUACAGAAAUACAUAAUUAUGAAUGUCAUUCUAUUCAUGGUGAUGUAUCCUGAAUAGGUACACAAGGUAGAAACAUUUAGAACCUCCUUUGCAUAUUUGGGUAUUAUUCUAUACACUGCCUAUUAUUCUAAUGAGCUCCGCCCCCCAAACAAGACCCUAUUUGGUUGGUCUGGACCAAAUCUGUACUAAUCAUAGAUGUCUAUGUUUCACAGGUUUGGACAUCACAUUACAGCACAGUAAAGCACAGUAGAGCCACAGUAGAGUGGAAUAGAAUACAGUGCAGUAGAGGUCAGUACAGAAAAUUAUACUGUACUCUAGUGUGCUAUACUGUGCUAAACUGUACUGAACUCUAAUCUACUGUAGUUUGUUGUACUUUAUUGUACUGAACUAUACUGUACUGUUUUCGAAGACCCCUUUCCAUCUGUUUUGACCAGAAAUCAUUGCCUUUGCUUAUUCCUCAUUAGGAGGAAACAUUGUUGAAAAAUGUAUAUAUGCCUUAAUUUCUCAAAAAUAUAGCCUAGACUCUUAGCUGUCAUUUGACACGAAAUUUGAUGUGCUCCUGUGUUAGUGCUCAUGGGGCCUUUUACAUGGAAAUGCCCAUUUCACAAUCCUACCCAUUGUAACCAUAUUGUUCAGGGACAUUGUCACUGCCAGUAUACAAAAAAUCCCAAGCUCUUUUGUGCUUGUGCUAUAAAGAGCUCCCUUCGUUGCCUUCCUCUCAAGCCCAAAUCACAUGGAGAGACGCCGUCAACGGUGUCAAAAUGUGCACGCGAGAGUAGAGAGCGUCAAUUCACAUACACUGCGUAGCGUAUGCCAACUUAAUUGUCAGGAGAAUCCAUAAUGAACAGUUGUAUUUGUUAUGUUCGCUAUGUAGCCCUUGUGAAUUAUGGUUGUGUUUUCCUUUUGACUCACCUUAUAUUGUAUGUCCUUUGGAGCCACUGUACCUGCCUGUUCUAAACAGUUACGUUAGCUCAGGAACGUGAGCAUAGUUGUAGCUAAUACACCCGAGCAGUUUAUAAAGAAUUUAGCUAGUCUCGUUCUUUCCGUAUUCUCUCUUGAAAUCGGAUUUCCUCGAGUUUUCCAGCCGUAGGCUAUAUGACUGUUAUCAAAAUGAACACAGGUAGGCAUAAUGUUGUUGUUUUCAAAUAUGUAUUAUUGACACUUUUUAACUAUAGAUGUCUCUAUUCCAGACGUAACAAUUCACAAACGGUCUAUUUUCUGGCAAUUUAUCCGCUAAUUUUAUCAGCAUUUCUUUGCGUAGCCGCAUAGACAUGAGAAAAAUAGACUUGCUUUUUAAUUUGACGCGCUAUGGCGCCGUUGACGCACCAGGCCAUUCUGUUUGUUUCUCAUUCACUACCGCGCAUUCUAAUUCCAGCGUGUACACAGUCGUUCACGGGUAUAAAAAAUAUGCUUUUCAUUUGAUUUGGGCUUCACACACAUUUUUUCUGUCACACAACCACACGCAUGUGCAAACACGCAUUCACGAAAUGUACUCGAUGUCAUAUUUUGUUAGGAACAUCGUUCUAUCAAAGAAAGGCUAUUUCUAAGACUCUGUAUGCUAUUUUGCUUUUUUUCCUGUUACAGAAGGAAUAAGAUGCUAGCAAACAUUGUGACAACCAACCCCAUACUGUGUGGACAGAGUGUGUUUGAUGGCUUAUAACAAAGAGUCCUGUAAGAUAUACUGGUGCUGAGAAAUACACACAAGUAAAAAGUGUGACAACCAACCCGGACUCCCCUACUGACCUGGAGUGUGGGAUAGCUCAAAAAUGGAUAUACAGUGCCUUCGGAAAGUAUUCAGACCCCUUUUUUUUGUGUGACUUUUUCCACAUGUUACGUUACAGCCUUAUUCUAAAAUGGAUUAAAAAAUAAUAAUCCUCAGCAAUCUACACACAAUACCCUAUAAUGACAAAGCAAAAACAGGUUUUUAGAAAUUUUUGCAAAUGGAUAAAAAAUUAAAUAUAUACCUUAUUUACAUAAGUAUUCAGACCCUUUGCUAUGAGACUCGAAAUUGAGCUUAGGUGCAUCCAGUUUCCAUUGAUCAUCCUUGAGAUGUUUUCACAACUUGAUUGGAGUCCACCUGUGGUAAAUUUAAUUGAUUGGACAUGAUUUGGAAACGCACACACCUGUCUAUAUAACGUCCCACGUUUGAAAGCGCAUGUCAGAGCAAAAACCAAGCCAUGAGGUCGAAGGAAUUGUCCGUAGAGCUCAGAGACAGUGUUGUGUCGAGGCACAGAUCUGGGGAAGGGUACCAAAAAAUGUCUGCAGCAUUGAAGGUCCCCAAGAACACAGUGGUCUCCAUCAUUCUUAAAUGGAAGAAGUUUGGAACCACCAAGACUCUUCCUAGAGCUACCCGCACGGCCAAAGUAAGCAAUCGGGGGAGAAGGGCUUUGGUCAGGGAGGUGACCAAGAACCCGAUGGCCACUCUGACAGAGCUCCAGAGUUCCUCUGUGGAGAUGGGAGAGCCUUCCAGAAAGACAACCAUCUCUGCAGCACUCCACCAAUCAGGCCUUUAUGGUAGAGUGGCCAGACGGAAGCCACUCCUCAGUAAAAGGCACAUGACAGCCCGCUUGGAGUUUGCCAAAAGGCACCUAAAGACUCUCAGACCAUGAGAAACAAGAUUAUCUGGUCUGAUGAAACCAAGAUUGAACUCUUUGGCCUGAAUGCCAAGCAUCACGUCUGGAGGAAACCUGGCACCAUCCCUACGGUGAAGCAUGGUGUUGGCAGCAUCAUGCUGUGGGGAUGUUUUUAAGGGGCAGGGACUGGGAGACUAGUCAGGAUCGAGGCAAAGAUGAACAGAGCAAAGUACAGAGAGAUAUUUGAUUAAAACCUGCUCCAGAGCGCUCAGGACCUCAGACUGGGUGGGAAGGUUCACCUUCCAACAGGACAACGACCCUAAGCACACAGCCAAGACAACGCAGGAGUGGCUUUGAGAGAAGUCGCUGAAUGUCCUUGAGUGGCCCAGCCAGAGCCCGGACUUGAACCCGAUCGAACAUCUCUGGAGAGACCUGAAAAUAGCUGUGCAGCAACCCUCCCCAUCCAACCUGACAGCGCUUGAGAGGACCUGCAGAGAAGAAUGGGUGAAACUCGCCAAAUACAGGUGUGCCAAGCUUGUAGCGUCAUACCCAAGAAGACUUGAGGAUGUAAUCGCUGCCAAAGGUGCUUCAACAAUGUACUGAGUAAAUUGUCUGAAUACUUAUGUAAAUUUGUCAUUUCUAAAAAACUGUUUUUGCUUUGUCAUUAUGGGGUAUUGUGUGUAGAUUGAUAAGGGGAAAAAACACUAAUACAUUUUAGAAUAAGGCUGUAACCUAAAAUAAUGUAGAAAAAGUCAAGGGGUCUGAAUACUUUCCGAACGCACUGUAUUAACUUAGUUUCAUCCCACCAGAUGAAGACCUGGGCCCGUAUUCACAAAACAUCUCAGAGUAGGAGUGCUGCUCUGUUAUCAGGUCCCCCUGUCCAUAUUAACUAUGAUCUAAAUAGAAAAACUGAUCCUAGAUCAACACAUCUACUCUGAGACGCUUUGUGAAUACGGGCCUUGGUCCUUGCUGUCUUUGAGAGAUAUAAUUUGGCAAACAGUCCCCACCACCACCACUUUCAGAGGGCUCCGGGGUGAAGUAUCCCCUAGGUACCGAUCUAGGAUCAGUUUUCUCUUCCCUAACCAUUAGUGGGGAAAAUGCAAAACUGACCCAUGAUCAGCAUCUAGGGGCAACUUCACCCCACACCUUUUAAGCUCAGAAGAGCCCUGCAGAUGUUGCUUCCCCAUAGCUUUGCGCCGGUUUGUCCGUCUGUUGAUAACAAGGGAUAUACGAGUCACUUGCUUCAUUGCAAUUCUGCUGAACAGUAAUAUUUUCAAUAUAAACAGUAUCAUGCUACUUUUUCCAUUGGGUCAUAUUUUGGAACAGUUGGCACAACACAAUGGUUAGACUAUGAAAAAGUGCUGUCCUCAUCCACCAAUUUAGUUUAUCAUCUAAAUCCUAUCCUUCACUCAUAAACCCGAUUUAAGCUUUCAACUGGUGCAAUAAAAUACAAUACAACCUUUAUGUGAGAUCUUUGUUUUUUUCCCUGCUCAUUUGAUUACCAUGAUUGGUUGACGAGGGGCAUUAUCUCAACACUAGAAUUUAAUAGAUUGAUCAAUACAUGGAAACUAAGACCUUGUGUGUGUAGUGUAGAUAUUUUCUGUGGAGUGAUUUUCUAAACCAUUGAUUAUGUAUUGACGUGUUCAAAACCAAGAUAUAUAUAUAUAUAUAUACACAGUGGGGAAAAAAAGUAUUUAGUCAGCCACCAAUUGUGCAAGUUCUCCCACUUAAAAAGAUGAGAGAGGCCUGUAAUUUUCAUCAUAGGUACACGUCAACUAUGACAGACAAAUUGAGGAAAAAAAAUCCAGAAAAUCACAUUGUAGGAUUUUUUAUGAAUUUAUUUGCAAAUUAUGGUGGAAAAUAAGUAUUUGGUCACCAACAAACAAGCAAGAUUUCUGGCUCUCACAGACCUGUAACUUCUUCUUUAAGAGGCUCCUCUGUCCUCCACUCGUUACCUGUAUUAAUGGCACCUGUUUGAACUUGUUAUCAGUAUAAAAGACACCUGUCCACAACCUCAAACAGUCACACUCCAAACUCCACUAUGGCCAAGACCAAAGAGCUGUCAAAGGACACCAGAAACAAAAUUGUAGACCUGCACCAGGCUGGGAAGACUGAAUCUGCAAUAGGUAAGCAGCUUGGUUUGAAGAAAUCAACUGUGGGACCAAUUAUUAGGAAAUGGAAGACAUACAAGACCACUGAUAAUCUCCCUCGAUCUGGGGCUCCACGCAAGAUCUCACCCUGUGGGGUCAAAAUGAUCACAAGAACGGUGAGCAAAAAUCCCAGAACAACACGGGGGGACCUAGUGAAUGACCUGCAGAGAGCUGGGACCAAAGUAACAAAGCCUACCAUCAGUAACACACUAUGCCGCCAGGGACUCAAAUCCUGCAGUGCAAGACGUGUCCCCCUGCUUAAGCCAGUACAUGUCCAGGCCCGUCUGAAGUUUGCUAGAGUGCAUUUGGAUGAUCCAGAAGAGGAUUGGGAGAAUGUCAUAUGGUCAGAUGAAACCAAAAUAUAACUUUUUGGUAAAAACUCAACUCGUCGUGUUUGGAGGACAAAGAAUGCUGAGUUGCAUCCAAAGAACACCAUACCUACUGUGAAGCAUGGGGGUGGAAACAUCAUGCUUUGGGGCUGUUUUUCUGCAAAGGGACCAGGACGACUGAUCCGUGUAAAGGAAAGAAUGAAUGGGGCCAUGUAUCGUGAGAUUUUGAGUGAAAACCUCCUUCCAUCAGCAAGGGCAUUGAAGAUGAAACGUGGCUGGGUCUUUCAGCAUGACAAUGAUCCCAAACACACUGCCCGGGCAACGAAGGAGUGGCUUCGUAAGAAGCAUUUCAAGGUCCUGGAGUGGCCUAGCCAGUCUCCAGAUCUCAACCCCAUAGAAAAUCUUUGGAGGGAGUUGAAAGUCUGUGUUGCCCAGCGACAGCCCCAAAACAUCACUGCUCUAGAGGAGAUCUGCAUGGAGGAAUGGGCCAAAAUACCAGCAACAGUGUGUGAAAACCUUGUGAAGACUUACAGAAAACGUUUGACCUGUGUCAUUGCCAACAAAGGGUAUAUAACAAAGUAUUGAGAAACUUUUGUUAUUGACCAAAUACUUAUUUUCCACCAUAAUUUGCAAAUAAAUUCAUUAAAAAUCCUACAAUGUGAUUUUCUGGAUUUUUUUUCCUCAUUUUGUCUGUCAUAGUUGACGUGUACCUAUGAUGAAAAUUACAGGCCUCUCUCAUCUUUUUAAGUGGGAGAACUUGCACAAUUGGUGGCUGACUAAAUACUUUUUUUCCCCACUGUAUAUAUGCAUACAUACAGUGAGGGAAAAAAGUAUUUGAUCCCCUGCUGAUUUUGUACGUUUGCCCACUGACAAAGAAAUGAUCAGUCUAUAAUUUUAAUGGUAGGUUUAUUUGAACAGUGAGAGACAGAAUAACUACAAAAAAAUCCAGAAAAACGCAUGUCAAAAAUGUUAUAAAUUGAUUUGCAUUUUAAUGAGGGAAGUAAGUAUUUGACCCCCUCUCAAUCAGAAAGAUUUCUGGCUCCCAGGUGUAUUUUAUACAGGUAACGAGCUGAGAUUAGGAGCACACUCUUAAAGGGAAUGCUCCUAAUCUCAGUUUGUUACCUGUAUAAAAGACACCUGUCCACAGAAGCAAUCAAUCAAUCAGAUUCCAAACUCUCCACUAUGGCCAAGACCAAAGGACCUCUCCAAGAAUGUCAGGGACAAGAUUGUAGACCUACACAAGUCUGGAAUGGGCUACAAGACCAUUGCCAAGCAGCUUGGUGAGAAGGUGACAAGUUGGUGCGAUUAUUCGCAAAUGGAAGAAACACAAAAGACCUGUCAAUCUCCCUCGGCCUGGGGCUCCAUGCAAGAUCUCACCUCGUGGAGUUGCAAUGAUCAUGAGAAUGGUGAGGAAUCAGCCCAGAACUACACGGGAGGAUCUUGUCAAUGAUCUCAAGGCAGCUGGGACCAUAGUCACCAAGAAAACAAUUGGUAACACACUACGCCGUGAAGGACUGAAAUCCUGCAGCGCCCGCAAGGUCCCCCUGCUCAAGAAAGCACAUAUACAUGCCCAUCUGAAGUUUGCCAAUGAACAUCUGAAUGAUUCAGAGAACUGGGUGACAGUGUUGUGGUCAGAUGAGACCAAAAUGGAGGUCUUUGGCAUCAACUCAACUCUCCAUGUUUGGAGGAGGAGGAAUGCUGACUAUGACCCCAAGAACACCAUCCCCACCGUCAAACAUGGAGGUGGAAACAUUGUGCUUUGGGGGUGUUUUUCUGCUAAGGGGACAGGACAACUUCACUGCAUCAAAGGGACGAUGGACGGGUUCAUGUACCGUCAAAUCUUGGGUGAGAACCUCCUUCCCUCAGCCAGGGCAUUGAAAAUGGGUCGUGGAUGGGUAUUCCAGCAUGACAAUGACCCAAAACACACGGCCAAGGCAACAAAGGAGUGGCUCAAGAAGAAGCACAUUCAGGUCCUGGAGUGGCCUAGCCAGUCUCCAGACCUUAAUCCCAUAGAUAAUCUGUGGAGGGAGCUGAAGGUUCGAGUUGCCAAACGUCAGCCUCGAAACCUUAAUGACUUGGAGAAGAUCUGCAAAGAGGAGUGGGACAAAAUCCCUCCUGAGAUGUGUGCAAACCUGGUGGCCAACUACAAGAAACGUCUGAUUGCCAACAAGGGUUUUGCCACCAAGUACUAAGUCAUGUUUUGCAGAGGGGUCAAAUACUUAUUUCCCUCAUUAAAAUGCAAAUCAAUGUAUAAAAUUUUUGACAUGCGUUUUUCUGGAUUUUUUUGUUGUUAUUCUGUCUCUCACUGUUCAAAUAAACCUACCAUUAAAAUUAUAGACUGAUCAUUUCUUUGUCAGUGGGCAAACUUACAAAAUCAGCAGGGGAUAAAAUACUUUUUUCCCUCACUGGGGUUUCUUCUUAUAUAUGUAAGUUAUCUCACAGGAGAAUAACUGUUAGUUGCUGAGAGACAGAGCUUUACAUAGUACUGUAUUGUUUGGAAAUAAUAGAUAUGUCUCAUUAAGAAAUUGAUGGAACAAAAACAGAUCCCAAGAAGUAAAUCAUUUGAUCCAAAUUAUUCCAAAUACUCUCAAAUUGUUGUAUAGACUUUAGAUUAUAGACACAUUAUAAACACAUUAUUUAUUAUUUACAUAAGCAAUUCAUUGAAUAUCAAGCAAUCAGUGACCUGUUAAUCUAUUGGAAACCUGAACAAUUACUUUCAUAUAAGUAUUUGUGUGUACAUUAUUUUUUCCUUUGUUAUUGUGCGUAUGUGCAUGCGUGCAUGGCCCUGCAGAGGCUCCCUGUGUUGUGACGGAGGUGUUUAUCUGUGGGGCUCUCCCAGGCUCACUGCUGUAAUAAACAAUAACCUGACAUUAAUCACACGGCGCGGCCCUAAUAAAUAAUAUCCACACAUUAAUCACAUUAAAGUAUUCACAAUCAAUGCACCUUCUCAUAGAAAAACCUCCAAAUAAAUUGUGGUCUAAGUCACUGAGGCAUACUUUAUAGAAUGGGACUGAUAAAUGAAUAGAACCCCGACGGUAUUGCAGCUUUAUGUGGAAAACUGCAAGUGAGAAUUUCUCCUCUUUCUCCUUUUUUUGCUCGUAUUACUUUUUUCCCCUGCAUAAUACCACUAGAUAUGGCUUCUGAUUCACAGAAUAUGCAUUGUUUAUAUUGCCUAUUUAACAACAAAAUAGACAACAUUGUUCCCAACUUCUGCACACGUAUCAUCUUGUGUUAGCCUAGAGUUUAACAGCACGUCUAAAAUCACACCAUCUAAUUGAUGCAAUCAUUGUCAUUAGCUAAAGGGAGUAAUAACUUUGUCCUGGAUGGUUUGUCUUCUGAAGGAAUCAUGUGAUUGAUGGCACAGUUGAAUAGUCAAUUAGUCUAAUUACUCCUUUAAGAGCAUUUCUUUGUGGCCUCUGUCAAUAAAUGUGUGAUUUGUCAUCAUGCCCCACUUAUUCAUUGGGAUCACUGUGAGAAUUAGCAAAGAUCAUUAGAGCGCUACAUGCAGAUAGGAACCACAGACAGAAGGAAGCAGAGAAACCCAACUAUACCUAAUGUUGCCAUUAUGUUUCCAGUAUGUUGUGCACACAUUGAUAGAUGGCCGAGUCAUGGACUGGGGCCACAUGGUUGAUGAGGGUCAUGCUGCCAUGGUAACGGGAGCGUGGUGUCCCUCUCUAACCCUCUGUGUGUGUGUGUGUCUGCAGACCUUACCAGUGUGGACACUGCUCCCAGUCCUUCUCUCAGCCGUCGGAGCUGCGCAACCAUGUCGUCACUCACUCCAGCGACCGGCCCUUCAAGUGUGGCUAUUGUGGUCGGGCGUUUGCAGGAGCCACCACUCUCAACAACCACAUCCGGACCCACACUGGGGAGAAGCCAUUCAAGUAAGUAACAGUGAGUACCAUUGCUUCCUCCAAUGACACCAUUACAGAAAGCACAAUGAAUGUUUACGAUACACUGUCUGUACUCCUAUUGUCGCCCCCACCAUUGCCCACCGUGUCUGAAAAGGCCUGUGCUAGUUGAAUACUGACACACACUAACACUUAGGGUUAGCACACACUCAGGGCCAGAAGACACUUAUUAGAGGACGCCAAAGGUUUCACAAUGCCUACAUUGUAAAAAAAUAAAAUAAUAAACACUUCAACUGCACUGCCAUUUGAAAUAUUUACUCACCUCUUUUUGAGUGUAUCUCAGUGGCAAGGCUGUAUUUGAAAGUGGAGUCCAUCUCUGCUACAGCACAUAUAUCACAAAGCAUAGGUAUUGUUCUGUCAUAGGCCUCUUAGCGAAAGCAUUCCCAGUUAACACAUUUUGGUUCCCAGAACGUCCCGGGAACUUUUUAUUUAUUUUUGGGAAGGGAGGGGAACGUUUCCUGGACGUUGUAAGGUUAUUUUUUCAAAUAACCAAAGGAGAACCUUUAGGGAAAGUUACGAACAAUGUUCUGUGUUAGCUGGGCUCUGGCAUGCCAGAUGCCUCCCCAUAUCUCUGCCUGUCUUAUUGAUGCUGUUGGAGAUGCACACUAGAUUUAUGUAAAUAAUUGAGCAAGUUAAAGGCUCACACCGGCUAAUAGAUUUCUGUUAAUCUAAUGGAUGUUAAAUACAUGUGACCUUGUUGACUCUAAAGCAUAAACAAAUGCUAUUGGAACGGUCACCGUAAAGCCAACAUUGGCUUUAAUACAGUCACAUAUUAUAUUACCCGGUCCUAUAAUAAGACAUUGUAAAUGCCUUAUUACUGUGCAAUUAACUCUAUUAAAUUAAGUGAGAUAAGUAUGUUAUGAUUUCAUACUGUAUUCCGCUCUUACACAAUAACAAAGCAAGAACCGUUUCUACUAGUAAGUACAGUAGGACUGCUUGAUAUAAGUAUCAACAUUUACAUGAUUGCCAGGACAGCAGUAUUGACAUUAUAUGAGCUUAUCCAACUAUAUUGAAUGUUCAUUUUAUAGAUACAGGUAACUGCCAAAAUAAAGGAAACACCAACAUAGUGUUCAAUGUGCCUUUGCAUAGAUUCUACAAAUGUCUGGAACCCUAUUGGAGGGAUGCAACACCAUUCUUCUACAAGAAAUUCCAUCAUUUGGUGUUUUGUUGAUGGUGGUGGAAAACGCGGUCUCAGGCGCCACUCCAGAAUCUCCCAUAAGUGUUCAAUUGGGUUGAGAUCUGGUAACUGAGACACACACACCCUGUAAACACCCUAUGCUCCUUUGAGACCCCUCUUUCAAAGUCAAUGAGAUCUCUUCUUCUAGCCAUGGUAGCCAAAAUAAUGGGCAACUGGGAAUUUUUAUACAUGACCCUAAGCAUGAUGGGAUGUUAAUUGCUUAAUUAACUCAGGAACCACACCUGUGUGGAAGCACCUGCUUUCAAUCGACUUUUUAUCCCUCAAGUGUUUCCUUUAUUUUUGGCAGUUACCUGUAUAUCAGUGCAGGGAUCCAUAGUCUUUCGCUAGCUUGAAACUGGGAUGAAAUUGAAUUUACAGCGGCUACUGUCCUCUCAUCAAUAUAGAUAAUAAUUCCCACCAGAUUGUCACCAUGUAGCCAGGGACGGUGGUGUGAAAAGGUGGCCGACCAAUCAAGUAACGAAUCAGCUUUCUAAUAAGCAAUCAGUGAUAUACAAAUGUGUCAUCAGCACUUCAAAUGCUCCAGAGAGGAAGAGGCGCACAAAGACGUUAAUGAAGACACCACAGUAAUCUUUAGCUAAUCAAUAGGGGCUGAGUUAUUUUCAUUGAGCUGAUAUGCUUGAUAGAUUAAAGCUGGCAUUUUCUGUUUGUCAGGAAUGCUCACGUCUUUUCUACAGCAAAACGUCACUAAACGAAUUCCGUGCAGUCUGCAACUUUGGCCCUUUCACUGGCUCUACUUUUACCUUAGUUUUACUGAAUUUGCUUUGUGCCUAAGAGGACAUUACCGCAUAUCUACCGCUUUUUACUGUUAGCAGAUUGACAAACGGGUGCAUCCUUGUCACAUAAUCUGGAAGACUUGAUAGUAGAAGGAUCUAGUUUACUGAAAGGGGUGAUUCUCACAAAUUGCUAUGAUGUAACUAAUGAUUAGAUACAGUUAGUAGAACAGAAUGCUAUAAGAAGCUGUCCUUACAGAAUUACUGCUCUAGACACCAAGCCCCCUAGCCAAGUGCAUUAGCAGCACCCAGCCCUCUACAUUGCACACGGUCCAUUCUUUCUGAGCUGCUAAACACAAUACUUCAGGAGAGGCUCUCUUUGAUAGCCGGCCUACCGAAAAUCUCUUUUUGUUCUCUAUCUACUGGAAGUGACAAUGAUGCGCGCCUUAUCUAGACAGGCCCCUCGAGGUGGACCCCCUCCUCUGAGAUUAUUGACAGGGCCCAAUGUUGGGAGGCAUUGGGGCCUUCGCCCAUCAUCGGCAUCAAGGCCAGAGGACUAGGCUCCAAUUACAGCCCUCUGGCCCAGUCAGAUUCCCAGCCACUUUGGAGUGUCAGUUGCCAUUAGGGUGCCGAGUGAUGAGGUGGCAUGUGCGGCUGGCCUCUCUGAGUCGUUUUGUGUUGUGUGUUCAGGUGUGAGCGGUGCGACAGGAGCUUCACGCAGGCCACCCAGCUCAGCAGACACCAGCGGAUGCCCAACGAGUGCAAGCCCAUCAGCGGCGAGAGCAGCGAAUCAAUCGAGGUGGAUUAG